AUGGGGAACCUGCAAGCGCGUUACCGUCGAGUCCCGGACUUGUCAGCCCACAUGAUGGGACGCUUCCCGGUGAGAUUCUACCUACGAGUCCGCCGAGCAACGAGAAAAAGAAGAAGAAACGGUUCCCGUCCUUGAAGCGCAAGAAGAAACACUCCAAGGACUCAGGGAGCAUCGAUGACCCAUUGUUCUGUAACGGUGCCGACGAGCUCGACAGCUUCAGCAGUAACAUGUAAAAUAUAAUCUUUAUGAUAAUUUGUGGGGACUGGGGUAGGUCUAUUAUUACAUUAUCACCUUGAUUUGUUGACACUAUUUAUAUAGGUAGCCUAGCUCUUGCGCUUAAAGGUAAGACAUAAAAUAGAUAGGCCUACCUAUCCUAAUUUGCCCCAAUGUUUCAUGCCACUAUGACAGAAUGGAUGGCAUAUCUUACCCUGCAGGCUACCUGCAUUGAUACCUGUCAGCACCAGCUUGGCGCUCAAAUGUAGGCCACAAUUUAGGCUAUGAUACAGGUAGGCCUACCUCAGGCAGAGUUAUACUUCUGACAACAAAUCAACAAAUAGACUGAUUUUAACAGUAUGGUUAUUUGCCUUAAAGCUCACCUCCAUAGUCAAUAAUUGGGGAUUUUAUUGAGAAACAGGCUAUUUGCAUUCAGAGAUGUGAUUAAGAAUAUAUUUAAGCAAUAAGGCCUGAGGAUGGUUUGGUAUAUGGCCAAUCUACCAAGGCUAAGGGCUGUCCUUAAGCACAACGCAACGUGGAGUGCUGGCCAUAUACCACAAACCCCUGAGGUGCCUUAUUGCUAUUAUAAACUGGUUACCAGCGUAAUUAAAAAUAAAGGUUUUGUCAUACCUGUGUUAUAUAAUAAUAAUAUGCCAUUUAGCAGACAUUUUUAUCCAAAGCGACUUACAGUCAUGUGUGCAUACAUUUUUACGUAUGGGUGGUCCCGGGGAUCGAACCCACCACCCUGGCGUUACAAGCGCCAUGCUCUACCAAUUGAGCUACAAAGGACCACAGCCGUCAGCCAAUCAGCAUUCAAGGCUCGAACCACCCAGUUUAUAAUAUGUUUUAAAUCCCUGUAGAGUUAUCACAGAUCUUCUAUUGACUGAUUGCCUAAUCCCACUGUCUUUGUCUUGUAUGAGGAGCAAUUAUUAGAAGAACUGGCUACUUUAAUGUAUGAAUGCACCAUGAUCUGCACAGUGUAACAACAGCUAUUAGUCGUGUGUGUGUGUGUGUGUGUGUGUAUGUGUGUUGAUGGGUUGGUUAGCAAUGUAGUUGAGAUUGGCUUCUGGAUUUCAACAGAAAUAGGCCUACCUGAUAUGAUGGGCUGGAUAAAACAUAAAUUAUUUGGAAUUUUCACGCCAAACAAUGAGUCACAAGUAGUUGGCAAGAUAGCGCAAACACAUCUGGGAUCAGGCCAGGUAAUAUGCAGGAAGGGUGUAAUUCUCCACCUGCAUUCUCUCAUUUGUACUCUCAUAAAGAUAAAGUGAGUUCCUCAAGUACUUACUGUAUGUGCAUAUUAUAGCGUAAUAGAUUACAGUCCCAGUUAAUCCUAUAUUUCAGACGGGCCUACAAUACAUAACAACUCUAUGGUAUUCCAGGUAACACUAUAGCUAGCUAAUACUGUAACAAACCACCACCAGACCAGACAUAUGUUUCUCAAGUUAAACUCAUUCCUCCAAUAAUGUUCACAUGUAUUACUGCACUGGAGGUGUUUGUCGACUGAAUAUAGUUUGAUGUAUUCAUGUCAUGCUAAACGCAGAGCAGAGUGUAUCUUUUCCCCUGUGGCAGUUUCUACAGGUAAACCAGUGAGGUGUCGAGUUCCUGCUCGUCUAGUUCAGUCUUGUCAGGUUUUGGUCACUGUUGAAGGGAAACAAGUUUGAUCUGAAGUUUGGGUCGUGACCGGCAUCCUUCCAUCUGUGAGACAUAAUGGGGAAUUUACCAGCAAGCAGCAGCAGUAUAACAAUGGGAAAAGCAAUAACAAGGUGUGAGAAGGGUAACGGGGUAAAUGAGGUGAACAUUUAAAUGGGAAAAACUUAUGUUAAACCAGGGUUAUCAAACCAUGUUCCUGGACAGCUACCCUCCUGUAGGUUUUUGCUCCAACACUGGUUGUAACUAACCUGAUUCAGUUUAUCAUCCAGGUAAUUAGAAUCAGUUAGAUUCGCUCCAUCCUGCUAGAUUAGGGUUGGAGCGAAAACCUAUAAAACAGUAGCUCUCAAGGAACAGGGUUGGAUAGCCCUGUGUUAAACUGUGGUUUAUUAUUUGUUUGUUCUUAAAUGUUUGGGUGGAUUUAAGUGUGCAAUCUGUAAUUGUAUCAGCCUGGAUGGGGUUGAGGAAAUGUGUCUCGAUAUUUUUAAACAUAUUUUGAAGCUAUACAUGGCUUACCAUAUGGCAUGAACAGCCAUGGCAGCUGCUAAUUGUUCAUGGCGGUUAUGUCAUGAUUAUGUUGCCCUUAUGGCGGUGAAAAUGUUUUUAGGUAAAGUGUAACCGACAGGGAUACUCAACUCAUAAUGCAUAAGUUAUAUUUAAACAAUAAGGCCCGAGAAGGUGUGGUAUAUGGCCUAUAUACCACGGCUAAGGGCUGUUCUUAUGCACAACGCAACGUGGAGUGCCUGGACACAGCCCUUAGCCGUGGUAUAUUGGCCAUAUACCACAAACCCCUGAGGAGCCUUAUUGCUAUUAUACAGUGGGGGGAAAAAGUAUUUAGUCAGCCACCAAUUGUGCAAGUUCUCCCACUUAAAAAGAUGAGAGAGGCCUGUAAUUUUCAUCAUAGGUACACGUCAACUAUGACAGACAAAUUGAGAAAAAGAAAUCCAGAAAAUCACAUUGUAGGAUUUUUAAUGAAUUUAUUUGCAAAUUAUGGUGGAAAAUAAGUAUUUGGUCACCUACAAACAAGCAAGAUUUCUGGCUCUCACAGACCUGUAUCUUCUUCUUUAAGAGGCUCCUCUGUCCUUCCACUCGUUACCUGUAUUAAUGGCACCUGUUUGAACUUGUUAUCAGUAUAAAAGACACCUGUCCACAACCUCAAACAGUCACACUCCAAACUCCACUAUGGCCAAGACCAAAGAGCUGUCAAAGGACACCAGAAACAAAAUUGUAGACCUGCACCAGGCUGGGAAGACUGAAUCUGCAAUAGGUAAGCAGCCUGGUUUGAAGAAAUCAACUGUGGGAGCAAUUAUUAGGAAAUGGAAGACAUACAAGACCACUGAUAAUCUCCCUCGAUCUGGGGCUCCACGCAAGAACUCACCCCGUGGGGUCAAAAUGAUAACAAGAACGGUGACCAAAAAUCCCAGAACCACACGGGGGGACCUAGUGAAUGACCUGCAGAGAGCUGGGACCAAAGUAACAAAGCCUACCAUCAGUAACACACUACGCCGCCAGGGACUCAAAUCCUGCAGUGCCAGACGUGUCCCCCUGCUUAAGCCAGUACAUGUCCAGGCCCGUCUGAAGUUUGCUAGAGUGCAUUUGGAUGAUCCAGAAGAGGAUUGGGAGAAUGUCAUAUGGUCAGAUGAAACCAAAAUAUAACUUUUUGGUAAAAACUCAACUCGUCGUGUUUGGAGGACAAAGAAUGCUGAGUUGCAUCCAAAGAACACCAUACCUACUGUGAAGCAUGGGGGUGGAAACAUCAUGCUUUGGGGCUGUUUUUCUGCAAAGGGACCAGGACGACUGAUCCGUGUAAAGGAAAGAAUGAAUGGGGCCAUGUAUCGUGAAAUUUUGAGUGAAAACCUCCUUCCAUCAGCAAGGGCAUUGAAGAUGAAACGUGGCUGGGUCUUUCAGCAUGACAAUGAUCCCAAACACACCGCCCGGGCAACAAAGGAGUGGCUUCGUAAGAAGCAUUUCAAGGUCCUGGAGUGGCCUAGCCAGUCUCCAGAUCUCAACCCCAUAGAAAAUCUUUGGAGGGAGUUGAAAGUCCGUGUUGCUCAGCGACAGCCCCAAAACAUCACUGCUCUAGAGGAGAUCUGCAUGGAGGAAUGGGCCAAAAUACCAGCAACAGUGUGUGAAAACCUUGUGAAGACUUACAGAAAAUAUUUGACCUGUGUCAUUGCCAACAAAGGGUAUAUAACAAAGUAUUGAGAAACUUUUGUUAUUGACCAAAUACUUAUUUUCCACCAUAAUUUGCAAAUAAAUUCAUAAAAAAUCCUACAAUGUGAUUUUCUGGAUUUUUUUUCUCAGUUUGUCUGUCAUAGUUGACGUGUACCUGUGAUGAAAAUUACAGGCCUCUCUAAUCUUUUUAAGUGGGAGAACUUGCACAAUUGGUGGCUGACUAAAUACGUUUUUUUCCCCACUGUAAACUGGUUACCCAUGUAAUUAGAGCAGUAAAAAUAAAUGUGUUGUCAUGCCCGUGGUAUACGGUCUGAUAUACCACGGCUUUCAGCCAAUCAGCAUUCAGGGCUCGAACCAACCAGUUUAUAAUAUUCAAAAACCAAUGGGUACCGUAUAUCAUUGAAAUGACCAUUGAAGACAAACAGCAGAUAGUCACUGUCACACUUGCAUCUAUCCAACCUGUAUGUCUGUGUUACUAUGCAGUGUAAAUACUAUGUUAUUUAUUGAUAUUACAGUACUUUCAAAAAGCUAUAGACUCUCUCCUCAUGGUUAUGCAAGUGUACUGCAUAUGUUUUCCAUUAUAAACCAAAUUCCAUAACACACCCCAACAACUCUCCCAACAAGAUGAUGACAGUCAACCAUAACCUAACAGGGUUCGUCCACUGUCAGACAGAUACAUUGUAAAUCCUUAUGGUGGGACUCUCACGCACAUGGUGCUAUCCAGUGUAAUUGGCCUUACAAAUAUGCAUGCAUUAAUUCAGACAAAGUGUUGUUUUCCUCCUACACAUUGUAUUGUUUUAGCAUUGAACUUUGACUACUGACUAAUCCGGUGUGAUGGUGAUGUAGUGUGCAUCAUAUGCCUGGCUGAGGAGGUGGCCUGGCCAGCCUUACAUAAUAUUUGAAUAGUUGAUCAGAAACUUGCUGCACCGGUAGUCCCAUGCAGUGCAAUCAUAUCAGCCUGAGCUCAGUGAUGUGUGAUCCAUGCAGGCCUGACAGGGAGGAAUAUGACUCACACGCACAAACACGCAUGCACUCGUUCAGCAUAUUAAAUGGAGAUAGAGGAAGUUUUCAGAUUCCCGGUAAAUGCAUGCUAACAGAUCCUAUCUGUUCUUGAGGUUAGAGGAGAACUGCUGUAACUUUUUAUUGCAAUACCGCAGUGACUGUCAUCACAGAAAACCAGGUGGACUUACUUUCUGUCCUGUGUUUGUUUGUUCAUUGUAGCUCAAAGAAACACAGGCCAUUCAGUUUACAUACAGUAACAUAUCUUUGUUCAGAUAUGUUUUCAGAGAUAUGCUCCAAAUUCCUAAACCUUCUACCGUACUCUGUCAACAACACCCCUAUAUAAACAAACCUAUUUAUAGCACCCUAGUACAGUUCUGUAUUCUCAGUCAUAAGGUAUAAGUGACACAAUCGUUUUUCUCCACUGUGAAUGACACAAGUCUUGCGCUCAAAACAGUUGUCAAUGUAAGGUUUCAAAUGGCCCUCAGCUGAAAUUCUAUACAAAGCAUAGGUAAGGGAUAUGUAAUGAUUUGGAUUGUAGCACAGUUGCCAGACGGAAUGCCAGAAAGGUGUAGCUCAUGGCUCCAGCAUGCUUGAAUGUAUGGUUUUGGAUGAGAAAAGACAAGUCACAUACUGUACCAGUGCACAGGCCCUCAUGCAUCCAUCAAAAUGUUAGCAUCAUUAACCUAAUAAUCCAUGUCUUUCUGUGGUUCCAUUAUCAUUUCUUCAACAAAACAAGCACCCUUUAAUUUUGCUGCCCACCCAUACUGGAAUUAUAAGACCGAACACCAUUCCAAAACAGAGUGCCUCUUGUUUUGCUUUAUGGGCUUACUCACAGUCCUUCAUUUUACAUAAUGUUGAAUAGUGGGAAGGGAUGUAUUUGUUUUAGAUAUUUUUAGUCAUUUAGCAGACACUCUUAUCCAGAGCAAUUAGGGUUAAGUGCCUUGCUCAAGGGCACAUCAACAGAUUUUUCACCUAGUCGGCUCGGGGAUUAGAACCAGCAACCUUUCAGUUACUGGCACAAUACUCUUAACCACUAAGCUACCUGAUAUGACCCACAUAGUCAGUUUGCACAGUUUGUCCAAACAUUCACAGCCUUACAGCUUGGAUAAAUUAUUUGCUUAUCAUACUAUAGAACUGAUAGAUUGUUUUCAGUAAUGUACUGUAAAUGGUGUUUUGUGACAGAAAGGGGACACUGAUUGAGGUGCAGUUGCUCUCUUUCAUGUGCUUUGUGAGUUUUGAGUUAUAUAUUGUUUAUUUUCCUCCUGUCUUUUAUAUUUCCAAGCCUGCGGCUAAGUACUGCACUGUGUAUUCAGUUCAAGUUUUGGACAGAAGUAACAUAAUAGCAGAGCAUGUAUGAAAGUAAUUUAGUUACAUUUCUCUCAUGUAGGCCUUUUCCCCCAACAUGCAUCCUUCACUGACACAAUGACAUCGUAUCAAAACUUGGGGCUAUGAGCAAUGCUCCCUCUAAUUGUUUUAGGCAGUGAGCAAAUUUCAGGUCUGCUGAGCGCAAACUUGAACGUUGUGAAAAUUCUCUGCAACUUCCAGUGUGCGUUUACUGUGAACACUGAGGCUGUACCUACUUUAAGUUACAGUUUCAGACAGUGGUCAAGUAGGCUACUGUGGAUGAUCAUAAUAUAGGCCUACCAGAGUGGCUUAUGAUCAAAAACAAUGGAGAAAAUGCAUCCCAUAACAUGGAAAUAGCUGUUCUAUCGUUCAGACUACAGUAGCAGCCAAUGUGUUGUGUUCAAUGUAGGCCUACAUUCCAUGAGACUUUUGAAAAAAACAUGCAGGGCUUGACAUUAACAUUUUUACAUUUACAUUUUAGUCAUUUAGCAGACGCUCUUAUCCAGAGUGACUUACAGUUAGUGAGUGCAUACAUCCAAACUGUUAACCUGUUUAUCCACUUAUCCUUCAGACAAGGAGGUGACUGAAAAUGUUGCUGUGUUGAUGCAAGAAACCACUUUACAAAAUAAAAUUGAUUAUUAUUCCCAUACCAUUAUUACAGAGAAUCAGACAAAUUAUGCUACCCUCUGGCUAUUGGCUACUUAGCUUAUACAAGCCUGUCUCAAAAUACAACACCGCCCCUUUAAGAAAAAAAAAGCUCUUUACCCGACUCGCUUUUCAAAGAUGUCUAUAAAUGCAGACGUUUUGUGGUCUUGUAAGAAGCAAUCACUCCCCCAUUGCUGACUACAAAGGAUCUAUAACUGGGCUAAUUACUCACUAACUAGCAAAGGGUAUGAACAAAUGUGCACACGUGGCUGCAUGCAGCUCUCGAUUUGGUCUCAAAACAAGCACAUCUACUCAUGACUGCUCAUGCUGUAAACACAGUCCAUUUCAAAGUGAAUGGCACAGAUGCAUUAUGGCAAUGGUCUAUUUGCAUAUAGGCCUACUGCCGUUAUGGCACCGGUCUGUGUAGAGUACAGGACUGAGUCCUGCCUGUCAAUGCAAUAGAAUCUUACUCCGGUGCGUUCUGCCUACAACAAAAUCGCUUGCAUAGUUAGUUUUGCAUACUAAGUCUUGCAGAGUUAGUUUUGUUUCGGUAUGUUGCAUUGAAAGUGGACAGUGUUUGCGUUGUUUUGAUCACAAUUCCCACAGUAAUGGGAAAUGUUGAGUGAAGUUCAAUCUCGUGCUUCUCUGCAGGGGCUGAUAUUUCUUCUGCAGAGCAAUCCCUUGGGAACUGCGCGCCCGCGCACCUGCGCAGUUUAGAGGGAACAUUGGCUAUGAGCCUUAUAGACAAGUCUCUAUCAGUAUCGUUGAGCGUACAACUGCUCUAUAUUCCUACUAGACUCUGUACUGACAGGCUCUCCAGUAUGAUGUGUAAACAGCCAGGUUGUGGUGAGUGCCUGGGGGGAAGGUGUGGACAGGGCCAAGUGGAUACUAACACAACACCUGUGGUUUCCCUUCACACUAUAGGACUGCUCCAACACUCCGACGCUGUAGCUUAUAGGCCUACCUGUGCUCCUGAUUAACACAUGCAAUGUUAUGGUAUGACUCAUUUACUAUGGGUUUGGACUGUAACAACUGGAAGGAUGGUCCCCUUUGUGACACUAAUGUUGUUGUUUCCUACUGUUGGUUAAAGUAGUCUGCUCUCAAAUCCCAACAUUGUGUUCUAUGGGUGUGUGUACUGGUCGUCUUUGUCUGUUUUCAUUAUCUACUACUGAAAUUGUAGUUGUUUUAAGCAAAGAGUAGGCUGUGCCCCUGGACAACUAGCUUUACAUGGCCAUUGGCCAUAGUACAAUUUACCUUCUGGGAUGAAUGAAUAUGGAUAUUCUCUCCAUGCUUGUUUAAGUUUGCCAUGGUUUCAACUACCAUUGAAGAUUUCGUAGUAGACACAUUCCAGUUUAGUUCCCUGAAGUUAAUGUUAUGUGUUAUUUUACCUGUAGGAGAUUUCCGUUGGUAAGACUUUGAUGAUAUUAUUCAUAGAUUAAUUCCUUAUGAGUUUUGAUGUUUUGAUGUUAUUGUUUAUUGGGAAUGUGGGAAUGUGGCAGUUCAGUUACAGAUUGUAUGAACUCAGUUCUCUCCUGUAGAAGCGGACACAUGCAGUAUCUGUAGUAAAGGGUUAUUUUCAUUUCUGUUGAUGGAGUUUGCCAGGGGAACUCAGAACAAUAAACAGAGGUAGCCUGACUGCCAACUGCUGCAGAUCAGAGCAGAGUCAGUCUAUUAGUGGUCUGUCACCAGCUCCCUGCUUUCACUUUGAUCCCAGCUGGCCCGGGGAGAGGGUUUGUAUGAAACGUAUUGUAGAGCGAAAGGAAAGAUGCCAUUGUGUUUGACUGAUAAUAUUGUGGUGAGACACAGCACGCAGACACAGUCACAAAGCUCAUCAGCUGACAUGUUUCAAUCAUAGAAUUAGAAGAUGUAGACUAGCGAUCAUGUCGCUGUGUAGACAUACUCGAUUGCUCUAGUUCCAAUCACUUUUUCACUUAUUUAAACAUUCCUUGCUCCAUUAUUCAUAUUUCCCAGGCUUGAACGGCUUUUCUUUACCAGAUAAAUCUGUGUAAAUCUUCUCUGAUGUGACAUAAUUUAUUCCCCUACCUGUUCCGCGUUCCCUCGAUCAUCAGAGUCACUCCAUUGGAAUGCACUUAGCAAGCAAAGCUUUGACAAAUAGUUCCCUACUUUAGGACCAUUAGAUAAGACAUUGAUUCACCAUUCUGUCCAUAUCAGCCCUAUUGAUAUCCUCUCCUACUGACAGACAGUAUUGCUGCCUGGAUUCCUAAACCGGUGUUGGCCAUACCUCACUCCCAGGGGGAGGUUCUAUAUGUUUGUGUCAAGAAAACAACCAUUUCAUAUGGGACAAGGCCUGUCAGUGGAGAGCAUGAAGGACAGUUGUCAAAAGCAUAAAAAAUUGUAAUUACAAACUCUAAUCGUUCAUGGUAAAGGUUGAGGGGAGUCAUAUCUGUGCUAUCCUAGGUAGUGAGCAUUAUCAUAUUGAGCGCUUGUGUGAGUUUGAGUGGAUUAAGAGAGAGUACCAGACAGGGCCCUGCAGGUAGAAACAGAAUAGAGGGUGAGGUCGGAGAGAGGGAGCAAAAACAGGGAUGGAAUGAGGAAGGGGAUGGGGUGAGGUUGGAGUGAGUGAUGGGUGGGAGGCGUGAGUGAGAGGGAGGAGUAUGGAGGGGUUGCGAGGCGUGGGAAUGAGGAGGUGGGACAGUGGAGGAUGUAGGGAGAAAAAAAACCUGUCUCCAUGAGCUCAAGAUGAGUGAAGCAUAUCGCCCAGUGCUUUCCAAGGGGUUGGGAGAUGUACUUGGAAUUUAACUGUCAUGUCUGACUGGUUUUGGAGUCUAGAGAAGUAGAAACCUUAAGUACUUGUCUGCAGUGAGCACUUGUCUGCAGUGAAAUAGAAUGCGCAUGGUAUGAACCCAGAACCAAGGUUGAGAGAUCCUGUAGAAUUUGCUCUCCUGAAUUAAAUGUUUUGUUUGACUAGUUCCUUUAUUGCUUUAUUUAAAAAUACAUACAGAAAAGAAAAGGAGUUGAAAAGACUUAGCUUAACAGCCAUUUAAACCCAAUGGCUGAGGCGUCAUGGCAAGGUCACAGUUACCAUAUCAGCACUAUCUCUCUGAGUGACAGUAUGUUGGUCCCUGCUCUAUUGGUCUUUAUUGUUUCUCCUCCCCACAUUUCUCUAUGUUGACAGAUUACUCUCUACACCUCCAGGUAAAAUGGAUGCUUUAGGCGUCACUCCAUCACCAUCACCAACACAUAAACACUGACACAAUCACAGGGCCGACAAGGCCGGACGUAGCCUACAGCUCUGAUGGGUAUUUAGUAGGUUGUGCUGUUGUAUCUUGUUAAGGCCAACUCUUGAUUUUGAGACAAUGAAUCAAGGCUUUGCUUUUCAAUGGUCAAUUCAAUUCAGCUUAGUACACCUGUUUUACCCUACCUAUCAUCAUCCAAAAUAAAAGGUUGUAUUACUUUAUAUUUUUCAUGUACGGAAGAGUAUUGGGGCCAAGUGAAAAUACAUUUGUUUAAUGGUGAUGGCUGGUGGUACUUGCACAGAUAUUACUUUAAAAACUCAAAAUACUUUGAGAAUAACGUAGACAUUUUGAGAAUAAGGUCUCAAUUAAUUUUCGAGAAUAAAGUAAAAAUUUAAUUUUGUGAAUAAAGUUGCAAUAUUUCAAGAAUUAACUCGAAAUGUAAUUUAGAGAAUAAAGUCAACAAUUCUAAAAUGAAGUCUACAUUUUGAGAAUAAAGUCGCAGUUAGGGUCAAGUAAUACAAUUUCAAGAUUAAAGUAGAAGAUUUGGUUAAUUGCAUUCCUCCCUGGCUCCCUGUUGCUGUGCGUGCCACAGUUAAAAUGGCUGAGUUAGAUGACUGCUGAAACUAUACAUUAGAAUUGACUUUAGUAACAAGGAAAUCCUUGCUCUUUAAGCACAUAUUAACCAUAUAAUUAAUACGAAUUAGGACCUGGAAGAGGUUGUGCCACAGAUUGGGUCUUUUCAAAAGGAGGAACCACACAGACUUGGACGAGGUAUUUCGAGGCUGUGUAGUUACAUACAUAGGUAGAUAUGGGUGGGUUGUGUGUGUAUGCAGGUGUGUGUGUAUGGGGGGUAAAAUGUAAGGGCAAAAGAAACGGCCAUCAAUCUAAUGAUCAAAUACAAUUGUUUAAACAGGCAUCGCUGCACACGCACUCAUGCUCGCACACACACACACACACACACAGACACCAAGUUUCCUCCUGGCAAAUUCAGAGUGGAUGGAUUCUCCCUUUCUUGAAAUAAUCAUUGAUCUAAAUAUAGGUCUAUUAGAUCAAUGAUCAAUAAAUAAAUAAUCACUGAUCUGACAUGACUUGGUUGGUAGCCUAGCCUAAAAUCUCCUUUCAGGUAUCCAUCUAUCGGUGAUGUUUUCAAGGAUGGGAAGAAUGAAGGUUAUCCCAAAACAGGGGCAUAGUCUCCGUUAUGCUACAGGCUAUGCAUUAGUCUCAGCUAUACAACUAACUUAGGCUACCACUUGUUCACCUUAUAGAAGCUAGUGGAUAGACCUGUUAGGUUAUAAUAAUGGACUGUAAAAUCGCUGUCUUAAAUGGGGAUUUAACAUUCCUCCCUGCCCCGUGGCUAUGCAAGUUCCAUGACAGGGGUUUGGGGGCAGCCCUUGAGCCCGACAGGGACGCGCAAUCGUUCUCCACGCAAUCCGUGACUUACAUUCACAAGAUAAUAAUCAUAGAUCGGCCUAUGAGGUUACUUCAGCGGAAGUGUACAUAAAACACCAUGCCAUUACACACAAAUUUGUAAGUUAACCUUUUGUUUUGACAUAUAGGCUGCUAGGCUAGCUAUUACACUCUCUAAAAUACAAUGCAAGGUGUUGGCAUACGCAGGGGAUUGAUAACAUCAUAGCGAAUUGGGUGUGUGUAUGUGUGUGUGAUUUUGGUUUACUCUCCUUGUGGUGACCAGAAGGACAAUUCUGACAAGUGAGGAAAUUUCGCAAAAUACUAUUUUAUGUUUAGGGUUACAAUUAGAAUUAGGGUUAGGGGUUAGUUUAAGGGUUAGGGUAAGGGUAAGGGUAAGGGUAAGGGUUAGGAGUUAGGGUUAGGGUUAGGGUUAGGGGUUAAGGUUAGGGUUAGGUUAAGAGUUAGGGUUAGGUUUAGGGGUUAGGGAAAAUAGGAUUUUGAAUGGGAAUCAAUUGUUUGGUCCCCACAAGGAUAGUAAAACAAACGUGUGUGUGUGUGUGUUCAUUCAGAGUGGUUACAUUUCGGAGUGGUUACAUUUCCCAAGCCCAGCCCUCAAAAGUGUCCCUGCUCCUGAUGCCUAGAUAAUGGAUUGUAAAAUAUGAAAAGUAUACAGCUUUGCUGUGACUCAGGUGACUCUCGUGUGUGCGUGGGCUUAUGUGAAUACUUGACUGGUUGUCAUUGACAGGUAGUGUUUUCUCCACUUUGAGACAGGCCUUUCUAUCAAGUUCGGAGGACUAUGAUUGGUAUGAUAAUUAAAGAAGGACUUCUGAGGCUGAAGAUCCUCCACCACACCUGGCUUCAUUGUUUCCAUUCUAGAGUAACAUAAGGAGCCCCGUUUAUACCUGGUUCUAACAUGUGUGCUUUGCCCUGAUCUUGUCAACAUACUGAUUGUGAUCAGAUCUUCCUGGCCAACUCAGGAAUUAGUCAAGCACACAUUGUGUCUGGACAGGGAAACAAUGUAACCAUUCACCAUUAUCCCAUCAUCUAAAAUCAUUGACAGCUGGCGGCGCACUACUGACUUAUGGCAUCAAGAUGUGUCUUAAAAUAAAGAAAUAUAAUUUAGAAGAAUUAUCUGUCAAAUAUUUUGCAUAUAGGGAGACUAUGAAAUCUGGUCACAAUGCGGAUACAGUGGAGGGAUAAGAGACACAUCUUAAUACCAUGUGUAAACGCAUUUCUGAAAAUGUGGGCACAAUCAGAAUGUGAACAAGAUCAAGACAGAGGACGCAUGUUUGUGCCUGUUAUAAACGAAGGCUAGGGAGUGUGAAUGCAGUCUGUCUCUAUGUAUACAGCAAUUUGGUGCUCCAGGUUCAACUAGACGAGAGUAAGUAACUGUUACCUGCAAAGUUUAAGUUUGGAUAACCUGUGACAGUCCAUUGGUCUGUUUUCAGUCCAGGCAAUGGAAUGUGGCUGGUACAGUCUGAGACUAGACAUACAAACUGUUACAACUGACCCAGAUUCAGCUUUAGGUAGUUAAAAUACCAGAUUACCUGGUGGCAUGUGACAAUGAUCUGACCUGGGAAUAUAGCACUUGACAUUAAAGGUGUAGCCUAUUGUUAUUUUUACAUCCAAAGCCAAUGCAAUGCAAUCUGGGUCAGAGUAUUAUAGGAGUGUGUGCGUGUGCUGCACAUCCUGUUAUUUGUGCAUGUGUGUGUGUGUGUGUGUCUGUGUGUGUGUGUGUGUGUGUGUGUGUGUGUGUGUGUGUGUGUGUGUGUGCUCGCGCGCGCGCGCGCGUGUGUGUGUGUGUGUGUGUGUGCGUGACCUUCAAAAGACUAUUGACCCUGUCAAUGCAGUUCCUAUCAUUCUGCAAACCAUGUAUAGUAGCAGGAUAUUCAUGUAAUGUGUGUGUGAGUGUGUGUGUGGUGGGAGGAAGUGUUUCUGUUGUUUGAGGGGACUAGGUAGAAGUCAAUAACUAUUCUAGCUGUUUUUGGGCAAACACAGUCUUUCUAGAGGACUACAAUGCAAACAUAACCCUGCUUUGAACAUCAUCCCCCUGCACACACACACUGUAUAUACAAAGACAAAAUCACAUACCGUAGGUACUGUAUACACACAGACCCACAGAGUGGUAUCCAAUAAAGACCUAGGGAUCAUGCUGACACCAGUCAUCUUCUGGGGAAAUAAAGCACUCUUUGUUGUGCUGCAGUGACGACUUAGCAAUCAUUAUUGCAACAUACAGACCUGCCUGUUUGAACGAGAUGUGUUUCCUAGCCCCUCCCCCCUGGUUUUACUAAGAUCCAGUCUAAUUUCUCUGCCACCAACUUUGUUUUCUAGGGAUAUUUGGAAUAAAAAUUAUUCCAAGAUCUGUUGCAUUUCUUCCAUUUUGUCAGAAAUCACUCAACUGCAGGGCUCCAGACUGUGACCAUUUAGUCUUGGCUGUGCGAGUUACAGUUUUUAUUGGUCACAUCGGUCUGAGCUGCACAUUCUACAUGCUCACCUCACUCCAAACGUCCUCUUGUUUAGGCUACUAAAAGCAGGAUUUGGUCAAACAGUAAUGUGCAUUAUUCUCAUUCUUUACUGUAAUGAAAGUUGCUCCCCUGCCCCUGUGCCUGUUUCGCUGGAGCUUACUUCUGUGAUGAUCAAACCUCACUCCCUCUCCCAACUCGCUCCGGGAGAAAAUAAUGGGUUCUGAUUGUAGGCUGUAACAUUUCAAAAUCCAACUGCGGGGAUAACACAGCUUUGGAGGCAACUUAUGUUGUCACUGUUGAAGAGAGAAUAUUCUCAGCUUUCUGUAGGUAUAAUUUGUAUUUCUCAACUCUUAAUAUUGAGCUCUAUAGCAAUUAUUUUACAACCAAGAUAUUUGAUAUGGCUUUGAGAAGUAUUUUUUAGGACAUUACAUUUAAUGUUAAAUUAAUACAUGGCUACCAGGAGUGGGUAUUAUGUUUAGAGUUAAUGAUCUAGCUACCCAGCUAGCAUAUAACGUUCUGAGAACCAUAUGUUUCUUAGAGCUUGGUGAGAUCGUGGUUGUCCUAUGGUUAUUUUUCAGGAUAGUUGCUUAGCUUUGGAACAUUCUUAGCACAUGGAAGGAACUUGAGAAAAUAACGGAAUUUUCUUGGUAUUUCAUUACUUUAACAGAGUUCAAACAUUGUUAAAUUGUAUAACAUUUUGGUAAUGUUCUAGGAACGUUCUCCAACUUGUUUGACAUUGGGAAUAUUCUCAAAUAUUUCAGAGAACUUUAAGAAACAAUGUUCUUCUGUGAGAAUUUCAGUAUAACAUUUCCUACAGGUUUCCUCAUGGUUCUAUUUAAAGUAAUGUCCUCAAAUUGUUCCGAGAACGUUAAGAAAACGUUCCAUAAAAAAAACAAGAACAAUUUAGUAAUGUUCAGAGUUCUAAAAAUGUUAUUUAAAAAACACAUACACUAUUCUCAGCAUCAACAAAACUCUCUCUAUCCUCUAUCUUGUUAAGUGUGUUCAGCUGUGUUUGCCGCACCCACUAAUUGGCCACACCUGGUCUUAAUGAUUGCUUGUUUCCUUUGAAACAAAAUAAACAGCUUUGUAUGAGUUAUAAAAGCAUGGCAUGCUAGCCCCAUCGUGGUGGUGCAGUGGACUAAUUCCAUGGAUAGAGAACAGAAGAAGAUCAUAGGUUUGAAUCUCACAUGCCACAAUAAAAAAUACAUUUGUUUGCAUGAUUAAUGCCUAACCAAAUGAAUUUCUAUGUGUCCUACCUGUGAUUUGAGUUCAAAACAGUAAACUCAAACUAAGCUAGCAGUGUUAUUAAAAGUCUUAUUGAAAAAUGUUUUUAGAACGUUAUUUAAUUACCUUCAAAUAACCUAUCAUUUCCAUUCUCAGAACGUUAAUAAAACCUCCCAGGAAGAUUCCCUGAAUUUUAGGUUGCACAUCAAAAUAUCUUGAAUCAUGACAUUGAAUACGACUUCAGAAGUCUAUUACCCCUCUUAAUAAAGCAUAGUAUAUUAAUUUAUAAGAUGAUUACUACAUUUUUCUAUUGUGUGAUGCCGCAAAAAAAUAAUUGGUGUCACCAAAUCAUGGGCUGGUGCAACCAACUGAAAAAGUUAGUCUGGAGCCCUGAAACUCAUGAUCUAAAGGCCCAUAGCAUUCCAUAUAGUACAUUGUUAUUCUGAACAAAACUUCAUCAUGUCAAGUAUUGCGUUACAUGUCCCAUAUAUGUCUAUCUUUAUGUGGAGCAGUGAAUAACAGGAGAGAGAUAAGUGCCAGGAUGGAUGUGCGUUCUUUCCUCAUCCUCCUCCAAAGUAAACAUGUCAGGGUUACAACAGGCCUGAUUGUGAAACCAUCACAACCUUCAGUAGAACAGAUCACACUGCGUUGGUCUGUUGUGGUAACAUCAUAUUUGUUUUUCAGUCUCCUUGGUGAUCAAAAAAGGGAUUAAUUUAGUUUUUAUUACUCUCUACUGUACUUUUGGAUCUCACACAAUGUGGUGACAGAUAUCUAUAGCCUACAGUAAUUUAUUCAGACACAUACAGUGAGGGAAAAAAGUAUUUGAUCCCCUGCUGAUUUUGUACGUUUGCCCACUGAAAAAGACAUGAUCAGUCUAUAAUUUUAAUGGUAGGUUAAUUUAAACAGUGAGAGACAGAAUAACAACAAAAAAAUUCAGAAAAACGCAUGUCAAAAAUGUUAUAAAUUGAUUUGCAUUUAAAUGAGGGAAAUAAGUAUUUGACCCCUCUGCAAAACAUGACUUAGUACUUGGUGGCAAAACCCUUGUUGGCAAUCACAGAGGUCAGACGUUUCUUGUAGUUGGCCACCAGGUUUGCACACAUCUCAGGAGGGAUUUUGUCCCACUCCUCUUUGCAGAUCUUCUCCAAGUCAUUAAGGUUUCGAGGCUGACGUUUGGCAACUCAAACCUUCAGCUCCCUCCACAGAUUUUCUAUGGGAUUAAGAUCUGGAGACUGGCUAGGCCACUCCAGGACCUUAAUGUGCUGCUUCUUGAGCCACUCAUUUGUUGCCUUGGCCGUGUGUUUUGGGCCAUUGUCAUGCUGGAAUACCCAUCCAUGACCCAUUUUCAAUGCCCUGGCUGAGGGAAGGAGGUUCUCACCCAAGAUUUGACGGUACAUGGCCCCGUCCAUCGUCCCUUUGAUGCGGUGAAGUUGUCCUGUCCCCUUAGCAGAAAAACACCCCCAAAGCAUAAUGUUUCCGCCUCCAUGUUUGACGGUGGGGAUGGUGUUCUUGGGGUCAUAGGCAGCAUUCCUCCUCCUCCAAACACGGCGAGUUGAGUUGAUGCCAAAGAGCUCCAUUUUGGUCUCAUCUGACCACAACACUUUCACCCAGUUCUCCUCUGAAUCAUUCAGAUGUUCAUUGGCAAACUUCAGAUGGGCCUGUAUAUGUGCUUUCUUGAGCAGGGGGACCUUGCAGGCGCUGCAGGAUUUCAGUCCUUCACGGCGUAGUGUGUUACCAAUUGUUUUCUUGGUGACUAUGGUCCCAGCUGCCUUGAGAUCAUUGACAAGAUCCUCCUGUGUAGUUCUGGGCUGAUUCCACACUGUUCUAAUGAUAAUUGCAACUCCACGAGGUGAGACAUUGCAUGGAGCCCCAGGCCGAGGGAGAUUGACAGUUAUUUUGUGUUUCUUCCAUUUGCGAAUAAUCGCACCAACUGUUGUCACCUUCUCACCAAGCUGCUUAGUGAUGGUCUUGUAGCCCAUUCCAGCCUUGUGUAGGUCUACAAUCUUGUCCCUGACAUCCUUGGAGCGCUCUUUGGUCUUGGCCAUGGUGGAGAGUUUGGAAUCUGAUUGAUUGAUUGCUUCUGUGGACAGGUGUCUUUUAUACAGGUAACAAGCUGAGAUUAGGAGAACUCCCUUUAAGAGUGUGCUCCUAAUCUCAGCUCGUUACCUGUAUAAAAGACACAUGGGAGCCAGAAAUCUUCCUGAUUGAGAGGGGGUCAAAUACUUAUUUCCCUCAUUAAAAUGCAAAUCAAUUUAUAACAUUUUUGACAUGCGUUUUUCUGGAUUUUUGUUGUUGUUAUUCUGUCUCUCACUGUUCAAAUAAACCUACCAUUAGAAUUAUAGACUGAUCCUUUCUUUGUCAGUGGGCAAACGUACAAAAUCAGCAGGGGAUCAAAUACUUUUUUCCCUCACUGUAGUUGCGUAAUGUAUGUACACAGAGUGCUAUAUAGUGUUUAAUGUUCACAUUCUGUGUCAAUUAAAUGUAAACACACGUAUCAUUCAGCUACCAUUGUAAGCUGCUGUCCAAACCAGAGCCGUUAAAGUGUGUUUUGGAGUUUGCAUUAGAUUGGGCCUGGCAAGAACAAACUUAUCUUUCAUCAAUAGCCACUGGUGAGUCACCCAGCCAGCCCCACUCAUAACCUGUAGAAUAGUGGUUGAGUCAGGCCUUGACUUCCCUCCAUCCCUUGUUUGACUUUAUGAAGUCCCACAGGGUCCACACGUUUUUUUCCACGCGUAUGUUUAUUAAAACAUGUUUGUGUGUUUGUUUAUAUGUGAUGAGUGAUGCGAUUCAUGUGACUGUUUUGAUAACCUAGGCAAGUUGGCAUUGUCAUGGCAUCGUACUGUGCCAAGCUGUAAGUUGUGCUAAGCUGUCCAGUGUGUGUGUGUGUGUGUGUGUGUGUGUGUGUGUGUGUGUGUGUGUGUGUGUGCGUGCGUGUGUGUGUGUGUGUGUGCGCAUGAGUGAUGCACUGCCUUUUUGACAGAACAGUUGUGUUGUGUUACCAUUGUAAGUGUAUUGUUUAAACAUGCCCAGGAAACUAGUGGGAGUGACCAAAGGUAUUGCACAACAGUUCAUUGAACUUCCAAUAUGUCUAAAACUUUGUACAACGUUUACAUUUUCUAUGCUAGUGUUUCAAGAAAACGUUUUCAAACUGUUAAUGUUACACUCUUAGAAAACAAUGUUCCAAAAGGGUACUUCUGCUGUCCCCAUAGGAUAACCCUUUUUAGUUCCAGGUAAAACCCUUUUUGGUUCCAGGUAGAAAGGGUUCUACAUGGAAGCCAAAACGGUUCUACUUGGAGCCAAAAAGGUUCUACCUGGAAACAACAAGUGUUCUUCAAAGGGUUCUCCUAUGGGAUAGCCGGUUUUAGAUAGCACCUUUUUUUCUAAGAAUCUACCCGGUUCUUCUUGUUAUGCAAAAUUGUGCCCGAUCUGAAUACGUGCUAUCUCCAGAGCUCUGUACUGUGUGGGUGACAUCAGUUGGCAUGGCAUAAGGCUAUGCUCAAACCCUACACUCCAACCCGAGCACUCCGUUCUGCCACCUCAGGUCUCUUGGCACUCCCACCCCUACAGAAGGGCAGCUUCCGCUCAGCCCAGUCGAAGCUCUUCUCUGUAUCUGGCACCCCAAUGGUGGAACCAGCUUCCCCCUGAAGCUUGGACGGCAUAGUCCCUUCCCAUCUUCCAAAAAAAUCUGAAACCCUACGUCCUCAAACAGCAUCUUAAAUAUGUAUAUGAUAUGUGGUUGUCCCACCUAGCUAUCUUAAGAUGAAUGCACUAACUAAGUCGCUCUGGAUAAGAGCGUCUGCUAAAUGACUAAAAUGUCAAAUGUAAAUGUAACAAUGAAAAACCAGGCAGGUUGGAGCUGGUUGUUUGGGCCUUGGCUUUGUGUCAAGACGCUGCAAACUGCAAAAUUGUUAAUGGUUUCUGUGGUCUUUAAAUUAACUUAUAGUGCAUAGUUGUUGCAUUGGAUAGGCCUAUGUAAUAGUGAAUAUCCAUUAUGAAACAUAUGAAAGCAAUUACGUAUUGUCAUCCUUUCAGAUCUUUUCAUAUCAAGCCAUGUAUUUGAGAUAUCGUAAUCGUGUUCUGACAGACGUGUUUCCUCCUUGGGCUUGAAGUUUGAACAGAUACCUCUGUCUUCACGUAGACAGUAAGAGAAUGCAACUGCUCUGGAUGCUUCCUCUGUGGAAGUCUUGCAAACUCAGCAUAAUUCAUAAUCAACACCAUUCAUGCAACAUCCCUGGUUCAUUCCCAAUUCAUGGCUCAUAGAAAGGAAUGUUGUACAGUGCGGAAAAAAAAGUUAUCCCACUUAAAAAGAUGACUGGCUAGGCCACUCCAGGACCUUGAAAUGCUUCUUACGAAGCCACUCCUUUGUUGCCCGGGCGGUGUGUUUGGGAUCAUUGUCAUGCUGAAAGACCCAGCCAUGUUUCAUCUUCAAUGCCCUUGCUGAUGGAAGGAGGUUUUCACUCAAAAUCUCAUUCAUUCUUUCCUUUACACGGAUCAGUCGUCCUGGUCCCUUUGCAGAAAAACAGCCCCAAAGCAUGAUGUUUCCACCCCCAUGCUUCACAGUAGGUAUGGUGUUCUUUGGAUGCAACUCAGCAUUCUUUGUCCUUCAAACACGACGAGUUGAGUUUUUACCAAAAAGUUAUAUUUUGGUUUCAUCUGACCAUAUGACAUUCUCCCAAUCUUCUUCUGGAUCAUCCAAAUGCACUCUAGCAAACUUCAGACGGGCCUGGACAUGUACUGGCUUAAGCAGGGGGACACGUCUGGCACUGCAGGAUUUGAGUCCCUGGCGGCGUAGUGUGUUACUGAUGGUAGGCUUUGUUACUUUGGUCCCAGCUCUCUGCAGGUCAUUCACUAGGUCCCCCCGUGUGGUUCUGGGAUUUUUGCUCACCGUUCUUGUGAUCAUUUUGACCCCACGGGGUGAGAUCUUGCGUGGAGCCCCAGAUCGAGGGAGAUUAUCAGUAGUCUUGUAUGUCUUCCAUUUCCUAAUAAUUGCUCCCACAGUUGAUUUCUUCAAACCAAGCUGCUUACCUAUUGCAGAUUCAGUCUUCCCAGCCUGGUGCAGGUCUACAAUUUUGUUUCUGGUGUCCUUUGAAAGCUCUUUGGUCUUGGCCAUAGUGGAGUUUGGAGUGUGACUGUUUGAGGUUGUGGACAGGUGUCUUUUAUACUGAUAACAAGUUCAAACAGGUGCCAUUAAUACAGGUAACGAGUGGAGGACAGAGGAGCCUCCUAAAGAAGAAGUUACAGGUCUGUGAGAGCCAGAAAUCUUGCUUGUUUGUAGGUGACCAAGUACUUAUUUUCCACCAUAAUUUGCAAAUAAAUUCAUAAAAAAUCCUACAAUGUGAUUUUCUGGAGAAAAUAAUUCUCAAUUUGUCUGUCAUAGUUGACGUGUACCUGUGAUGAAAAUUACAGGCCUCUCUCAUCUUUUUAAGUGGGAGAACUUGCACAAUUGGUGGCUGACUAAAUACUUUUUUCCCCCACUGUAGCACACCUUUCUUCACAGUUUACCCAACGUCACUGUACCAGUGAAUCAUUAACAAAAGAGACUGGCUUCAAAGUGUUGGCAAAGUUGGCAUGACCAGGGUAACUAAACAAAUGCCAAGGGGAAACAAUAGAUUCUGUAGAAUGGCAGUAUGAUGACUUUCUAUUGUUCUGUAUGAUUCAUCAGUCAAUUUUGAAGUGAGGAAAAUGUAAUCUGAUACACCCCCUUGUGGGCAAAGAUGGUAUAACAAAGCCAGAAGAUGCUGGUCAGUGUUACCAGCUAUCUUGAACAAACAUAGCGUCCUUUUGUGGUGAGAAAUUCACAUGACCAGCCAUUUUCACUUGGCAGGGGUUUAGGUGGUUGAAAGUUCCCGAAAGUAGAAGAUAAAAAUUUAAGUGAAUAGUGUAGAAGAUUAUCUUAUUGAUUGAUGUGAAAAGUGUUUCCCUAUGUACUGGAUUUAUCUUCAACAUUGCUGAAAUAUUUAUUAACAUUUCACCCCUCUUAAAACACCCCUGGUGUUGCACACAUAUCUACACUAUCAGUGGAAUGCUGUUUACCAUUCUGCAUUCCGGGAGUGAUUACCAUAGCUCACUAUUAUGGGAUGCCACAGUGGGUGAGCUAGCCUAACUGCUUCCAUUGACAACACAGAGUCUACUUAAAAGCCUUUGGGUAUAGUGAUGACAGCCAACACCUCCUGAAAACAGACCAGUGCCUCUUCACACACAUGUACCAGAAUCCACGCUGUGUAUUCUAACUGCUGUACACACACUGGUGUGACUUGUUUUGUCGUUUUGUUCUUGGAUAAGUUGAUGUUUAAGAAAACCAUACUCUUCUGUUUUACAGGUGAUGUUAUUUUCAGAGGGUCAAGCAGUCAUGGGAGGUGACUGGACCUUUGUACCUUUCAUUUUGACAAGGUCAUAUAACAUUCAUGUGAUAACAACAACAUAUGGGUGGGUAGGACAAUCAGCCAUGCCAUGGGUCUGUGAGUGUGUGUGACAGAAUGUGGGUCAGAGGAUAAGGAUAAAGAAUAUGAUAGAAAAGAAAUAGAGGCUGAGUGAGUAGACACAGGAUAGAAACAAAGUUACAACAUGUUAUCUGUGGUAAUGGGUGAGAUGAUCUGCCUGCUCUAAGCCUAACAGUAUCUCUCUCUCUCUCUCUCUCUCUCUCUCUCUCUCUCUCUCUCUCUCUCUCUCUCUCUCUCUCUCUCCCUCUCUCUCCCUCUCUCUCCCUCUCUCUCUCUCUGUGUGACAGGAGUUUUGAUCAGCUGAGCGUGUCGACGGAGUACAGCGUCAACAGCACCAGGAAGGAGAGAGACAGGGACGCUACCUCCAUGUUCAGCUUUGACAUGUCAGCCUUGAACAGCCUCAGCCUCAGCCCCACCCAGUCCAGAAAUAAGGUACAUCACAAUAUAGUAGACUACAACAGGAGUCCUCUUUUGUGUUGUGGAGAACUCAUCUGGAAAUAUCCAUGAUAUACUGUAUCUGAAUUACUGUACUUUUAAACCACACCCUCUUUACUUUACUUCCGUGAGGCCAAUCUGGACUCCUUUAGGAUUUUUGAUUUGAUUUAUUAGGAUCCCCAUUAGCCGACAUCAAUGGCAACAGCUAGUCUUAGGACAGACUCAUCUAAGAGUGAUGUUGAAAUUAAUGAUGAAAUGUGACUAUAGUUUACAUAGUAGCUAAUCAUACUGUACCAUACAUGUUUACCAUAGUUCUACUGUUCAACAAUUGUCAAAAGUAUGUGUCAACCAUAGAGUACUUUCAGAGUGGUUAGAUUGAUAUCCAACCCACUUGAUAACACUUGAUUUAAACAAAUUGAAACUUUUUUCAAAUCAUUUGAGAGUGACAGAAUCUGUCACUUAGCUUACAGACAUUUACCCCAUACUACUGGCUGCUAAUGCUUGCACUGAGCCUGGCAGGGAAGUCAUAUAAAAAGGGUGCAGAGGAGGGCAGUAUUGACUCACUUUGCAGGGCAUCGGCUGCAAGAGAGGUAGUGUGGUUAAAGGACGCAUUCCAGAUACACAAAUCCUCCUCAGAAUAUUUUUACAUAUUGACUGUGUCAUUUGCACAGGCCUGUGCAGAAAUUGUGUAUCUGGAACACACCUGUAGUGUUAUUGAUUUUAACUGGCCAUAAGCAUUUAUGCAGCAACUGAAAUUCUUCAGACAGACCCCUCAAUAUAAGUUUAUGACUCAGUUUAUAAUGUAGCUUUGCAUUACACAAUAUUUGAGUUUAGAAUAACAAUUUAUAUGAGAAUUUCUUCAAUGCCUGGAGGCAUUAAGAUGAACGUAAGACUGACAUUCUUUAUCAGCAGCCCCUUCAAAAUGGUAUACAAAUCAUUAGGGUUGAAGGGUAAAAUUAUAAGAUAUCAUAGGUUAUUCACCAUUAACACAGACUUGUCCAACCUGUUCUCCAACCUGGAUAUUAUAGUUAUUAAUGGGGUAGGAUUCACUCUCUGUGUUCUAUUAAUAUAACUUUUACAAGUACAUAAUUGAGCACAUUAAUCUGUUCAAGAAGAAUUAUGUUUUUCCUGGAAACCUGGUUACUAGGGUAGACUUUUAUUUUGUUUAGAGGUAUUUCUAUGCUAAGCAUACAAUUUGGAACAUGAACUGGAAUACAGUACUGUAACCACAAAGUCUGUGCUUUUACCUUCCAUGUGUUUCCUGAACUGUUUGAGACCAUUUGGAAACAAAGGAACAAUGAACUCUGUUUCAACAGGAUUUUUAAUAGGUAAAAGUCCUGUUGUUCUCUGUUAAACCAUUUCUACUACUGAAUGAAGGAUGUGCACAGGUCCAUACGAAACAAUAUCAGCAAAUCAUUCAACUUGUGUCAAUUUAGAGGGAAAGGGUCAAAAUGUGUGUCCUUGCAUGUGUCAGAGUUGGUCAAAACAUUCAUACUGUACACAACUGAAACAUACUGUGUUACACGUACAUCCACAAUAGAUGUAUUAUUUCCUUGUUUCAGUCCAACUGAAAGUAGCUCUCCUGUCCAUGGUAUUAUUAUAUUGAUAAAGAGGUUCCCGGGCUACUGACUUGCUCCAGUUUGAUUGAGGAAGGAAGGGUGGGGUUGUUAGGCAGACAUCCGUGUCUAUACAUUCUCAUUAGAUCAUUUAUUCCUGUGAAUGUUUGCUAUGUGAAAGCUCGUUCACAAUAGCCUUUAUGCUGCACUGUACUUGGCGGUACAAAUGGAAUUAUGCCCUGAAGCGGUGUACUGUAGUUUGUUUGAUAGUCUACUCAAGGCUAGACAUAUACAGAUACACACAGACAUCACACACAGACUGUCUGUCUCUCUGUGAAGGUCAUUUUUCACAUUGUUGGAUUUGGCGGCAUUAUGACUCUUAUCCCAGCUAAGCAGGAAGUAAAAAGCUGAUACACAUUAACUUUUUGCACCUGAUAUGCGAGUGGUCAACUGGGGUGGAGUGGUGCAGUAUAUGGUCAGUAUGUUGGGAUUCUAAAGAAAAGAAAUCUACGGGUUAAAUUCCAGCAAGUGUCACUAAAAUGGUAUGUAGCGGUCUAAUUUUUAGUGUUAGUGCGUAUUAUCUUUUGUUAUGAUGUUCUGUAUCCUGUUCCAGCCUGUACUAGGAAACAGACAGAGUGUGCUGUGCUUUUGGAUGUAUGCCACUGUGUUUUUAUCUGGUCAACUUUUAUGUGAUGUGUAUGUUUUAUUGAUUCGAUGGAACCCAGGACUCCCUGGAAAGCAGUGGCAAGUGUUCCUGAAUGGACUAUCCUGGCUAAAUAAAUAGAUGAAAAUAAAUUAAAAUACAGUAUGUGACGAAACAAACAGACCACGUCGUUAUUGACUUGCCUGGCUAAAUAUAGGUUGAAUAAGACAUGGCAAUAUAUUGUACUUGCUUUUAGGUAUGAUAUUUAAUCCAAUGAUACUGUAUAGAUCUUAUUACGAACUAGUAUUAUUUGAUGACCCUCCCAUUCCUUGUUUGCCUCGCUGGUUCUCAUUCCACCUAUCCCGCAGUGGGUUUUAAUACCUGUGGUUACUGACUUGUGGGGAUCACAGAAAUGUUCCUGUAAUGUUAUAUCUGUCCAAUGUUGUUAUUACCCAGGUGCUGUAGCAGCCUGAUCAUGUUCAACCUGGCUGUUAGUAGAAAGACAUCUUCACCAUUCAGCAUGGCUUGUGUUUGAUUUUGACAAUAAUCUUUACCUAAUCUUUGCGGUAAUAGUUAAGGAUAUUAAGGUAAAUGUACUAAAUUAUUGAACACUUUAUAUAUCAAGGACUGAAAAAAGUGAGAUGAGACCCAACCUCUGUGGUUAUUUGUAUAGCUGUGUCAAAAACAACAGGUGUGUCUGUUCUCCAUCUGGGUAUUUAUCUUUCAGUUUUUUUGUCUCUCUGUCUCCUCCCAGAGCUCAGAUGGAGUGUUUAACCGCAUCGGAAGUUUCUUUUCCAACAAAAAGAAGAAGAGCCGGAGUGGUUCACUCUCAGUAGGCUCAGAGGAUGGAUCCUGGCUGGGUCCUGGCACUCCCAUCUCACCCCGGGCCCCUGGUUCUCCUCUCUCCCCCCACCAGGAGGACGGGCUGAGGACCACCACUACCCAGAAAGAGGGGGAGGUAGUGGAAGCGGGAGCUGGGCCAGUGCUGGGGAGUCUGUCGGAGCUCCAGGCGAAGGGGUCGGUGUUCAGUAGCAGCUUCAGCCCUAGUACAUCCAGCCUAGCUUCUCUGGUGGCGGCAGACAGAGGGGACAUGCCGUUUGCAGACAGUGACAGCAGCGGCCGGGGCAGCGUGAGGGAGGUGCAUGUGUGCAGGGUCAGCCAGGCGGAAGCAGAGCCAGACGGAGAGGCAGACAGGAAUUCCGGGAAUCUGACUCCCACUAACUCGUCCCCCUCCGGAGCAGAGCAAACCCCAGAGCUCAGCCUCACUAAGGAGGUGAGCAGGAGGCUGCAGGUAUAUCUGCAGAAACAAACCACUGUGCAAGACGGAGAGGGGUCGGAGAGGGGCAGCCCAGUGGUCCAAACCAUCCUCAGGUCGUUUGAGCUCUCUCAAUCUCACCUUAAGACUGACGUCACCUCUCUCGGCAUAGAGUCUAAAAAGUCCUCUCUGAAAACAUCUGUUGGAGGGAAGGAGAGUUACCUGGUGGGAGUGACUCUAGGCUCUCAGUCUCACACCCCGUCCUCCUCAGACCUACAGCCAGAGGGAGAGGAGGGAGAGAACAGCCCAGCCAUGGGGAAGAAGAACAGGAGAUCCACCAGCAGCAGCUUGGCUGAAACAGCUCCCUCCAGCCAGACCACGUUACCUGGGGGAGAGGGGACGAGGCAGGACUCACCUGUGAAGCUACACAAACCUGUGUGGGUGGAAACACACCUGGGAGAAGAGGCCAUACCUGUGACUGUGGCCUCUGUGGAGUACACUGAUACUGCUGGUGUCCUGGCCACUAUAACCCUUUCAGCGGUAUCCGGUGGCAGAGAGCCAGAGCUGGCUGUAUCCACAGCACCAGUCUCCAAGGACUCAGAAACAAACACAGCCCGGCCAGAGGCGACCAGUCCAGGCACAGACUCAGAGAGCAGCCCCCCUCUAGAGGAUCAGACGGCCCUGAGCAAAGAGGAAAAGCGCAGAAGUGUGAAACUCUCCCACAGUGAGAAGCUUUUUACUAAGAAGGUGUAUGUGAGCCCUGAGCCCAGUUUUGAUUGGGAUGAGCAGGUAGAGAGAGAGCUGGAAAAGAAUGACAUCGUAGACUUGGCUUCAAAGAUUCCUCAGAAGUUGGAGGUGAAACUGUAAGUGUCUUUAUUUCACAUUUUCUUUGGUCUUUUUAAGGAGUGCUUUGAUCCUUAACAGGGAGAGAGUGAGAGAGAGACAGAGAGAGAGAGAGGUGUGCAACCUGAGCUGUGUGUUCCCAUGCCUCUUUGUACCAGAGGAGAACAAUAAGAACAGUUCUUUACACAGCUGAAAAACUCCUGCGUCAUUCAAAUGUUCACCUACAGUACUAAUACUUUACUUGGACUGCAUGAUACUGACAAGACUACUGUAUGUACGGUAGGCCAUCGACUAUACAGCAAUAUCUUCUUAUGUAAUCGUCACAAAAUACUGUGUGCACAGUCAGUCAGUCUUUACAACCGAGUCAGUAGGCUACCCUACAUUGUUAAGAGUCUGCUGUUGAGCAAGAAAAAAAAUACAGGGGAACCAUUUCAAUAUUGUAGUAUACUGUAAUGCAGUGGUAAAUAAAUAAUGAUGUAGCAGUUAUUUGAAUAAUAUCAUGAGCAACUUUUCCUUUUACCAAGCUAAUAAGAAUUUUGUUAAAUUAUGCUAGCAACGACCAUGACAGCUUCAGAUGUAGGAUCUUAAUUUGAGCCAAUUUGCUACAGCAGGAAAAUAAUCCUGCAGCAACAGGAAAUCUGAAUUAUUAUGUGGAUUAAAAUGAAUUUACAUUUUUUGUAGGGGUUGACACAUUUUUCUUAGGGCAAAUCAAGUCUGACAUUUUCAAGUGGAAAUUCCAAACUUUAGAAGCCUUUUUAUACCUCGAAUACACUACAGGUUUGCAUUUCCUGCUGUGCAGGAAAAUUCUCAGCAACAAAAGAGUGAUCAAAUUAAGAUCCUACAUCUGUACCACUGCUGCAAAGCCUAUUAUCUUCACAAUAUGCUUAAGACUGUUAACUGUGUCCUCUGGCACAGGGGAUUCUGAAGAGAUAAAUGUUCAGCCCAACCAAGAUUGUCUUAAAACAACAGUUUUUUGUUGUUGUCUUAAAACAACUAAUUUUCGAAUUCUGUCAACUGUAACAUUUCACACUAGUUAUUUUGGAGGCCACUUUACUGGAGUAAGCAGAAGUUGGUAAACAAAACAUUCAGAGUAGAUAAAGGUAUGAUGUGUAAAAUAUAAUAUACACUACCGGUCAAAAGUUUUAGAACACCUACUCAUUGAAGGGUUUUUCUUUAUUUUUACUAUUUUCUACAUUGUAGAAUAAUAGUGAAGACAUCAAAGCUAUGAAACAACACAUAUGGAAUCAUGUAGUAACCAAAAAAGUGUUAAACAAAUCAAAAUAGAUGUUAUAUUUGAGAUUCUUCAAAUAGCCACCCUUUGCCUUGAUGACAGCUUUGCACACUCUUGGCAUUCUCUCAACCAGCUUCACCUGGAAUGCUUUUCCAACAGUCUUGAAGGAGUUCCCACAUAUGCUGAGCACUUGUUGGCUGCUUUUCCUUCACUCUGCCGUCCGACUCAUCCCAAAGCAUCUCAAUUGGGUUGAGGUCGGGUGAUUAUGGAGGCCAGGUCAUCUGAUGCAGCACUCCAUCACUCUCCUUCUUGGUCAAAUAGCCCUUACACAGCCUGGAGGUGAGGUGUGUUGGGUCAUUGUCCUGUUGGAAAACAGAUGAUAGUCCCACUAAGCCCAAACCAGAUGGGAUGGCAUAUCGCUGCAGAAUGCUGUGGUAGCCAUGCUGGUUAAGUGUGCCAUGAAUUCUAAAGAAAUCACUGACAGUGUCACCAGCAAAGCACCCCCACACCUCCUCCUCCAUGCUUUAUGGUGGGAAAUACACAUGCAGAGAUCAUCCGUUCAUCUACUUUGCGUCUCACAAAGACACAGCGGUUGGAACCAAAAAUCUCAAAUUUGGUCUAAUGUCCAUUGCUUGUGUUUUUUGGCCCAAGCAAGUCUCUUAUUAUUAUUGGUGUCCUUUAGUAGUGGUUUCUUUGCAGCAAUUCAACCAUGAAGGCCUGAUUCACACAGUCUCCUCUGAACAGUUGAUGUUGUGAUGUGUCUGUUACUUGAACUCUGUGAAGCAUUUAUUUGUGCUGCAAUUUCUGAGGCUGGUAACUCUAAUGAACUUAUCCUCUGCACCAGAGGUAACUCUGGGUCUUCCAUUCCUGUGGCGGUCCUCAUGAGAGCCAGUUUCAUCAUAGCGCUUGAUGGUUUUUGCGACUUCUUUGCUUAUUUGAGCUGUUCUUGCCAUAAUAUGGACUUGGUCUUUUACCAACUGGGCUAUCUUCUGUAUACCCCCCCCCCCCCCCCCCUACCUUGUCACAACACAACUGAUUGGCUCAAAUGCAUUAAGAAAUUCCACAAAUUAACUUUUAAGAAGGCACACCUGUUAAUUGAAAUGCAUUCCAGGUGACUACCUCAUGAAGCUGGUUGAGAGAAUGCUCAAGCUGUCAUCAAGGCAAAGGGUGGCUAUUUGAAGAAUCUCAAAUAUAAAAUAUAUUUUGAUUUGGUUAACACCUUUUUGGUUACUACAUGAUUCCAUAUGUGUUAUUUCAUAGUUUUGAUGUCUUCACUAUUAUUCUACAAUGUAGAAAAGAGUAAAAAUAAAGAAAAACCUGUGAAUGAGUAGGUGUUCUAAAACUUUUGACCGGUAGUGUAUAUUGCAUGAGAUGUAACCUGCUAAUUAAAAUCACUGAAAGAAAAAGUAACGUUUGUUCAUAUGAACUGUUAUAUUUCAAUCAAAAUGGAGGGCAUCUCCCACUGGGCCCUCACUGGUUGAAUCAACAUUGUUUCCACGUCAUUUCAAUGAAAUUACUUUGAACCAACGUGGAAUAGACGUUGAAUUGACAUCUGUGCCCAUUGGGCUGUGUUUACUUCAGGCGUUAUUUCCAUCCUGAAUGAUGACUCAUGAUGGAAGUUACUCUAAAGGUGAUCACAAGUCACUCACUUUGUUUGACUAAAAGGUUUACUGAAUAGAAUCAGUACAAUGCUGAUAAAAGUAAGGCAUGCCAUUCUGAUAUCCAUCUUUCAGAUGUAGUUUUGCCACAAGGAAUAUGUAUUUAGUUGUGUCAUAUUCAGGUGGAAUAGCCUGUGUUUAGAUUAAAACUAUUGUUAUACCUCAAUGGUAUCGAAUUACAAAAUGCUUGGAUUUAUUGUUCUACUGAUACCUGAAGGGAUGUUCUGCAUUGCUGGAAGUUUUAAGGAAGAGCAGUUUAGAAGAAUCUGUUUUGUGAAGUUACACAGAGCAGAAAUAUUUCAGUUUCACUUUGCACUUACCGGUAUUGCUAAAGGCUGUUUUUCCUUAUCUGAAGAAUGUGUUUAUGUAUUUUAAAGUUGAAUGUAUAAAUCAGGUAGCAUCAUUGUGGUGAGAAGUUUGUUCUGCACACUAAAUUGUUUUCCCCUCCUCCCCUCAAAGUUAAUAUUUUACUGCAGUGGGCUAAAUCAGGGUCACACAGAGUGAUUCUUGGUAGUCUUAAACAAAUCUACUUUGAAACAAAAGUAUACACCUCACACACAUGGUUAUGGGCUUAAAAAAAAGAAGACACCUGUACCAUGCCAGAUAUAGAGUAGAAAUGUAUUCAAUUUUGAGUUUUCACCCCAAUAUUACACUUUAUAUACAUCACAGAAGAUUGAAAUAUAACCAAACUGUUUGACAUAGAAAAAACGGAUUAAUAACAUUCCACCCAUGAGGCCAAAGAGGGAGCUUUUGGUCAUUGACUGCACGAAAGGUCUACUCACUGUUUUUCUAUGUUCUCUCUCCAGGCUGCCAAGCCUCAAAAAGGUGAAUGUAGAUCUCAAGGAACCAAACAAUGACUGUAUCAUCACUGCAGGAGAGAUAACUGAGGGUACAGACUUUUACCUAAGCCACCAUGAGCCCAAAGCUGUAGACAGUUCCACAACAACCCCAACCCCAGAGCUGGAUGAGGCCUCUCCAACCACAACCAUGCCAGGACGCAAAACACAGCCCAACACUGGGAGUUCAGGGGUUAGAGGUCAGGGGACACCACAGGUCACCCCGUCUAAACCAGAGGAUAAAGUAGAACAUGUUGCCAGUCGGUUAAAGAGCCCAUCUCCUUUGGUUGGACAAAAGUCCAAAGUUGGCCUGGGCAUGGCUAAGGGAAAGGGUCUCACAGAUGGUGGCAAGGCGGGGGUUUCUAGUGGGGCUACAUCGCAAAUGACAACUAAAGAUGGCGGUGAGAAAACAGAGGUUAUGCCAUCUACAUUAAAGGAUCAACUCACUGCAGGAAAAACAGAGGUCACCGACAGCCCCAAGUCGAGAAUCCCCAAAAAGUCAUUGUCAGAAGCUACAUCGAAACCCCCACUAUCACCAGACACAACCUCAGUGGUUGAUGUUUCAGUGGUUGUGCCUGUGGCUGGUUACAAACAACAGAAAAACCCUAAACCUAAACAUUUAAUGAUGAAAACAGACACAAAGCCUAUCAUUGAGGAGGUGAAGGGAGUGGGUUCAGGAGGAAAACAAACGUUUGGGCCUGUUAAGUCAGAAGAGGUCUCACCUACUAAAGUACCACUCAUGUCACCUGUGAAGUCCAGCAAAGAGAAGAGCAAAGAGAGUUCAGAUAAGGUUAACCUGGCCAAUGGCCUGGAGAAAGACCCAGAGGACAACAACACUACCACACCCAAAACAAGUGAACCCAAAGAUGUUAGAAAACAGGCUCCCACAUGCCCAGACAGCAACAACAGCAGCAUUAUACCAAAGAGUCGGUUACCCAAAGCCCCUGACAACUCUUCGUCUUCGGUCAGAAAGGCGAAAAAUGGCAAACCCCAAACCAUCGACACAGGCAGUAAAAAUACCAAAACCCCUGAGAGAGCAUCAGGUGUCAAUAGUAGGCCUUCCACACCAACCAGUCCAAAGCAGCAGGAGCUUCCCAGCCCAGAGGAAAGGCCCACAGAUGAGACCCUGAUCCCUGAACCUGAGAAGGGUAAGACAAACGUGUCAUGCAUUUUAAACAUGCGAUAUGUUAAGAUAAGAUUCUCUCUGCUUAUUUAUGGCAUCUGUCUAGCUAACACAUUUUAGUUGUGUGGUUAGUAGUGGUAAUGUUUCAGAAUUAUCCAAUGGUUUAAUUGCUUUGAUGGACUCGAGGUACUGUACAUGUCACAUAUUUUAGAGAGAGGUAUAGCUCUCAUUUUGCAUUGUAUGAUGAAAACGAACCAACAAACCGCUAUACUGUCUGACUAACUAAUUUAUCACCAACAGGAAGCAAGCUGCCCUGCCCAUUGCCAACAAACUUGCCUCAACAGCCCUCCAAUAAGAGCACUCCCCGUGACGAUAGUGACACACCCACCUCUCCCUCACUGGUGCCAACCAAGUCAGAUAAACCUGCCUUCCUUAGACUGAAGAAGCAGAGUAACAUCACAUCUCCCACUAUGAACAAGACUGCUGAUGCUGGGAGUUUGAAAAGUCCAGUGAAGGAUCCAAGUGAUUCUGUGACUGUGGCUAGCAAGCUUCCAAUGUUGCGUCAGAAAAAAAAAACUAAAGGAAAACCCAGCAAACCCCUUAAGAAAUUUGAGCAAACUGUGAACUCUGAAACACUAUCUGAAACACAAUCUACAUUUGUACAAGAUCAUGUGUUGCUGGUCACAGAUAACUCUCAGAUAGAAGAUCAACAAAUCAAACCAGCAACAGACUCCUCACUAGUAGCAGACUGUAGCACUGAGCUUGUAAAAUAUCAAACAGAUAAACCAGCAAUCACUGGCACGAAGGAAUCACUGAAGGACAGCUGUAGUAGCACACCUGAAACAAAACUGGAUGCAAAAUCGGAAAUUGCACAAGAAAAAUCCCUAUCGGUCAAAACUACCUCUAUUACACAGAAACAACAAACCAAACCACCCCCAGAUCUCUCAUCAGAGAGUAACAGUGACUAUGUGGAAGCCUUAACAGAUACACCACAGCUGCAGACAGGUAAUGUAGAGCCAGGUGUCGUCGUGGAGAAACGCCCAUCUGAACCAAGCCCCAUUGUGUCUGCCUCAGGCACACCUACCCAUGAGGAAGUAAUAGAUACAUCCACCAAGCCUGCAUUGACUGACCUCAUUCAUACUGACACUGACACCCGAACCAAUCAGAAGAGUGAUGAGAGCAAUGACAAUAUCUCUACAGCAUCAGAGAAGCUCAUAUCCGGUGCUGGAGAGGAAAUAGGUAGUAAGAAUCAGCCUGCGGAAAAUGGCCUGGAUGAAGCUAAGGAAAGCUCACCCAAAAACGCCUCCACUGUGGUUAAAAGUGGAGAUAGUCACGAUAUGGCAACACAGCCAAAUCUGAUUGGCUUGGAGGAAAAAUCACAGGCACUAGCUAAUGUUCAAACCCCAGAUAUAGUACCUAUUGGUAAUGCCAUAGUUUCUGAUAUAUCCAUAGUUUCUAGGAAAGAGAGUGAAGUACAGGAGGGAGAGCCAGUGAAGGUCUCAGACAUUCUAACAAAGGGUGGGAUUGUUCAGAAACCAGUUGAAAAUGGUGAAGUCCAACUGAACAAAGAGCUUCCUUCACUGACACAGAAUUUGGCAGAUGCACAUGGGCAGCCACACAAAGGAAAUAAACAAGAGGACAAACCAACUGAGGCAGCCACUAAGAGUACCGUAACUAAGAUGGAUGCAAAACAGGAAUCAAAGACCAUAACCACAAAGGCUAUGAAGAAGAAGGAGAAGGUGACAAAACAAGAAGACAGACCGAGUGAAGGAGUGACUAAAAACACUGUCUCUAAGAUAUUAGACACAAAACAGGAAUCAAAAACCAUAAGCACAAAAUCUCAGGAGGAGAAGAUAUUGGUCCUCAAAGAACCCCCUAAAACUAAAAAAGCAACCCCCAAGGCUGAACUGCCUUUUCAGCUGCCAACUUCUCUGAAGCUCCCCUCUCCCCCUAAACCUCUCCCUUUGAAACAGGACUCUCCCUCCAGCUGGUUAGAUGUGGAGUAUGGCUCCAAGCGGGAGCAGAAGAAGGAAACCAAGAGGAGGCUGAACUGUUCAGCCAGCGAGGAUGAGAGUCUGGCUGAGUCUGACGAUGUGGAGGACUUCAUCAGGAGCAUAAAGGAACUGGGCACCCCCUUUUCCCUGCCCCCCAAGAGGCACCACAGUCAUCCCAAGACCCCCUCGCCCCCCUUUGCUAUGCCCGCCAUCAAGGAGGACCGCUUCGAGAACCCCUUUGACGCUGAGGGCUUCCAGUUUGGCCUGAAAAAGAGGACGAAGGAUAAAGUAACCCCGGCCAUGUUGAUAAAGAAACAGCCUCACCAAGAGGAGAAUACACAGAAAAGACAGGCUAGAGUAGAGGGCAGCCUUCUCUACAAAGCCCUCCAGUCUCCAUCUAGAGCCCUGAGAAAACCAGGGUAUCAAACAGACAGGAAAGAUGGAGAGGUGGAAGUGAAGGGAGAGGUGGAAGUGAAGGUAGAGGUAGAGGUGAAGAGGGAGGUAGAGAAGGAAGAGGAGCCAGGGAAAGUAGAAGAAACCGGGCAGCUCUCGUCGCGGCUAGGAAGGAUGUCCAUACUAUCCAAACUGUUGAGUUCCCCCAAGACUUGCAGAAAGGGCAACGGGGAUCCUUCCUCCUCAUUCUCUAAUGGUGCUCCUCCUUCUAUUACAACCCAGGGCACAGUUCCAGGAAGGGCGGGUGGGAGCAGUAUGGAUCCAGGCCUGCUUGUGGGUGUGGGUGCAGCUUGUGAGUCAAUAAUCAGUCCCUCCUCACCUCCUCCUUUUCCCUCAUUCACUGAGCUAAAGCUGCCAGAUCACCUGGAGAAAUAUCUCAGGAAAGACAAAGGAGCUUCACAGAGUAAUGUUACACAGAGUGCUAUGGUUAAUCCUGUAAUGGACCUAGGUCAGGGUGCUGGACUUCCUCCUCUAAAUAUGGGCCUAAAGGGACUUACAUUAGGACAUCCUUCCGCUGAUAACCACAUCCCACAGGCCCCUCUGAAUGGUCUUCUUACAGCCAACACAAAGGUAAGAGUCUCAGACGACUGCAUGAAACCAACUGACAGUUUGGGGUUUCACAUUGAUGUUAUGUCUACCUUAUUAUACUCUUUAGCCAGAUAGGGGAAUUUUUGUCAGCAAGACAAAACAUUGAGGUGAGGGGAAUUUGUGUUCUUCUUCAUAGGUGAAAUUAAACAACAUCAAAAAGAGUAUUUUCUUUGUAAUUGUUUAAAUUAUGGGAGUAUCCAUGUAUUCUGUAUCCAACAGUUAUGUUUGUUGAAAAGAGGAAAGGGAGAGCUAUAUUUCAAACCUAUUUUGGAGUUCCUAGGUCAAGCCAUGUGGUAACCAGCAUCUUAAUUAGGGGGUGGUUGGGGAUGGUUGUCACAUGGAAUGUGGGGUUGGUUGUCACUAUCAACUCCAUUAUAAUAAAUCCCAAGCUCUUUCGUGCAUGUGCUAUAAAGAGUUCCCUUUGUUGCCUCUCUCCCAUACAUAUUUUUUCUGUCACACACCCACACACACACACGUGUGUGCAAACACACACAUACACACACAAAUAUACUCAAAAUGUCAAACGUUAUUCUCAUGGCCUAAAAUUGCGAAUUUUGUUAGGAAUAUCGUUUGAUCAAAGAAAGGCUUGGCUAUUUCUAAGACUCUUUAUGUUAUAUGGCUUCAUUUCCUGUUACAAAAGGAAUAAGGUACUAGCAAACAUUGUGACAACAACCAACAUACUGUGUGACUUCCAACCCCGAGAUGUGUCUGGUUGUCACAAGUAGACAGAGUAUGAUGGCUUAUGUUGGAAUAAUAUAUGAGGAUAAAAAGGGACCCCAUUUUAACCCAAGACCUUGGUCUUGCUCCUAAUAUUGAAAAUAGUGUUGUAAGAUAUACUGGUGCUGAGAAAUGACAACCAACCCCGGUCUACCCUACUUCGACUAGAUUUAGAAGUUAUUUUACAUGGAGACAAUAUAGAAGUGUAUGAUUAAGACAUAGCUAUGGUUGUCUCUACCUGCUUCUAUUAUAUUCGCUCAGUACAGUCACUGCUUUAAUGCUGCAAACCGAUAAUUAACUUUAACAACUGAAUGAGUUUUGACCUGCAAGGCAUUGUUUUAUGGGCUGGGCAGGUCCUUCAGAAACUGUUCACUUUGUACAAAGUCCUGACAGCUACAGUAUUAUCUAUCCCCAAGGCAACACAUCACUAAAUCACCUCAAGUCCAGCUUUUUCUUUUGGAAUGUUGAAAUCCAUUCACAAGUUUUAGAUCUUUACAAGGUAUGGCUCUUAGAAACAAGCCAUACAUUGUUUGCAAGUAAAGACAAGAAGAAAAGGCAUUCUUCACAAUAAAUGUUUCAUAUACGUCUUUGCCAGAACGACCUCAUUUUGUGCAUCAGUGAUUUAUUCUCAGACCAGAGGGAUCAACAUGCAAAUAGCCCUACUUCUCUCAUGUUGUUUUGUUUACAUGAGCAAGAUGCCAUGAUUGCCAUCUUACUUCCUGCUCAGCAAGCAGUGGGUGUAGACCAACGAUGGUUUGUUCUUACAUUUACAUUUACAUUUACAUCAUUUAGCAGACGCUCUUAUCCAGAGCGACUUACAAAUUGGUGCAUUCAACUUAUGAUAGCAAGCGGGACAACCACUGUUUUUAUGGGGGGGUGGGGGGGGGGGGGUGGGGUAGAAGGAUUACUUUAUACUUUAUAUUCUUACACACCACAUACUGUGUAGACGACUAACUAUUGAUGUUCUAUAGCUGGCACAUUUUUUACUGCUAGUCUUUUGUUGAGUUAUUUUUAUCUGGAGGCGGUCCAGAGUUUUGUCGGGAGUACAGGAAAUACACAGGAUACUUCUGCUUUUCCACUCCCCAGUCCCUCAGAAGAAAAUGAAAGACAGCAUGCUCUCUUUUUCUUUGCAGAUUCCAGAAGCGAGAGGUUUUCAUAAACGGCCUGGGAAGGUACGGUUGACUUUACAUUAAACUAACGAUCCAAUAUCCAGUCCUUUACAGUAACACACUGAUAUUAGAAUAUGAUGUAAGGGAUACAACUAGUUGCGUUUUGGAGAGUUCUAAAUGAUUCACUCUUAUAUACUUUUUCAUAUUUUGUGAUAAUCUGAUAUUUAAUAAAACAACAUCUGCAGUAUUCAAUUCUAUUUUACACACUAAAAACAAAUGGUUCUAUAUAGUGCCAAAUUAGGGUUAUUUGGCUCGUAACGAUAGCGGGUCCCUUUUUGGUUCUAUAUAGAACCCUUUUUUGAAGGUUCUACAAGGAACCAUGCUCAUAAGGUUCUAAAUGGAACUUUUAUGGUGAUAUAAAGAACCCUUUCCUAAGGUUCUAUAAAGAACCAUUAAAUAAAGGUUGUAUAUAGCACCAAAAAGGGUUCCGCUAUCAUUACAACCCUUUUUGGUGCUAUAUAGAACCUUUGUUUAUGGUUCUUUACAGAACCAUUAUGGAGAAUGAGAAAGUUUCUUUAUAAAACUAAUCUACAAAACCUUUUGAAGAACCAUCAGUGUUUUUUAUACUGGUUAGCCAUAUUAUAUUGUAAAAACCCCAUAGGUGUCAUUAUUUUGUUAAUGACAAGUUGAACCAGGUGUGCGUAUGCUAGUCAUGGAACAGCUGGGUGUCCCUGAGAAUUCAGAACCACUGAUUUAGACAACAGUUCUCAAUUGACGCAAGGCCAUACGUGAGUUUUUCACAAGACACAGUCACUGGCCAUAGUCAUAUUUAAUAUGUAAUCGCAUAACACAACAGAUUAGAUCAGGACUGCCCAACCCGGUUCCUGGAGAAGUACCAUCCUGUAGGUUUUUGCUCCAACCCUAAUCUAGCACAGCUGAUUCUAAUAAUUAGCAGGUUAAUAAAAUGAAUCAGGGUUGGAGCAAAAAUCUACAAGAGGGUAGCUCACUCACGGUUGCACAAAAAGAUCUGGGCGCAAACCACACCCCAGAAUAUUCUAAUGAGCCACCGCCCCUAAGUUUUAAUUAUCACUAAAUGAGGAAAUAACCAUUUUCUGAACUGCAAAGAACCAUUGAAGGGCUCAAAGGGUUCUUUGAGUCAUUAUGGUUCCACAUAGAACCAUCACCCUUCCCAAAGAACCCUUGAGUGUGUAUGAGUAAUUGCAAGUGGCCAUUAUACACUCACCAAGUGUCACAUGUAAUGACCAUGAGAUAUACUUACUGUCAUUCUCUACUUCCUGUUGUAGAUAGUGCUCCAUGAGCAGGCUCAAUUUGAAGGAGAGGCUUACGAGGUGUUUGGUGACGUGGAUGAUGCCUCCACGAUGAAGCUGUCUCCUGUCAUCUCAGUCAGGGUCGUCAGGGGAUGGUAAGACUGUUUGUGGGGGACAACAUUCAUCCCUCGUUCCCUCACUUUUUAUUCCAUCAAUAAAUGCUUAGAAUAAUACAAAUCUUACACACAUAAAAAUCGUAUUAACUUGUCACAAUCCUUUAUGAAUUGAUUGUUUCAUAUUAACAAAGCAUGACAGCAACUCUAAACAUAUUGUCACCGUUAUGAACAUGCCUCUGUAUGUCAUCACUUCCUGUCUGUGUAGCUGGCUGCUGUAUGAGAAGCCAGGGUUCCAGGGGCGGACCAUCGCCCUGGAGGAGGGCCCCAUGGAGCUGGUCAACGUGUGGGCAGAGGAGGUGACAUCAGGGACACUGGACCAGAUGGGUCAGCCUGUGCCAACCUCACCCAUGAUCAUUGGAUCCAUCCGCCUGGCAGUGAGGGACUACAGUUUACCUCGGAUUGACCUGUACACUGAGGUGAAUGGUCUGGGGAGGAUGUCAUCAUUUUGCGACGACAUCAUCGAGGUCUGUUCCUACGGGAACAUACAGAACACCGGCUCCAUCAAGGUCCACUCUGGAGUGUAAGUUCUACCCUCUUACCAACCAGGUUGAAGGUUCAAAUCAUAGUCCAGAAAUUGCUUUAAUAUUAAGUUUAAUCCAAUAUACUGUACUACAUCAGGCUUGCUAUUGUUCAAAAGCGUGUUGAAAUGGAUGAUUCAGUUUGCAAACUAUCAUUUUGCAUGUUCACUCAAUAUUGUGUGUAAGCGUUAUUGUUGGCAACUCUUCUCAUGGACAGAGUUUAAGGCACUUUAGAAAUACAGUGUUAUAUAAAAUACACAAUAAGACCUGAGAGUGUAUUUGUCUGGCAUCUUUCUUCUCUUUCCUCAGUGGAAGGCAGGCUGGACUGUUUAUGUUUGUUGGAGUGACUUAAACCUGCAGUUAGAUGUUUUCACUCAGUCACUCAUACUGUUGUUUUCUAUAUACAGUAGGUUACCUUGGUGAUUUUAUAUCGAUCGUCAUUUUAGAGAUAGUUUAGUAGAUCUGCUCAUGUCUGUCUUCUCAGGUGUGAAUGACAAUCACGGGGCUAACACCUGAACUUGUAUUGGGAUUUUUUUUAAAUAUAAAUAUUUACAUGGCAGCUGAAAAAGAAAGGUGCGAUGUACGUCACUUAGUGUCUAAUCUUUGUAUGCGGUGUGUGUGUGUGGGGCCCUUUUCUCCAUCCUGUAGCUGGCUGGUGUAUGGUGACCCAGGGUUUGGGGGUCUGCUAGCGGUGUUGGAGGCAGGAGAGUACCCCUGUCCAGAGGCCUGGGGAUUCCCUCAGCCCUUCAUCGGAUCUCUGAAACCCCUCAAAAUGGUACUGGCAUCGUCAUGGCAUCCUUAUCUUUUGAAAAACACUUUCCCCAUAUAGCUUCUACUAUUUUAUCUUUAUGAUGUUAAAAGCCUAAUGUGUGGUUUUGUGUCUCUUACAGGGUGGGAUAAAGGUGGAGCAUCCUAAUGAAGUAAAGGUAUGUUUACCCUUUGUGAAUUCUUCUGUUUUAUAGCUAUUCCCAUGGCCAUUCAUAUUUACAUCAAUGUUUAAAGAUGAAAAAAAUAAACAUAGUCAGUGAAUGACAGUGGGAAGGUUCAACAACUGCAAGAGCCUCUUACCACAAAACUCAUAAUAUCUCAACUCAAUUUUAUUCUGGUGACAUGGCUGAAGACUAGCUGUGAUAUGAUGACAUGGCAUAUUAUUAUAGCACAGCUGCCAUCCUAAAUCCUCUGCCGUAUCAAAUCUGUCCAUUGUGAAACAGACAGACAGGCUUGUUGUUGCAGGUGAAUUGGCCAGUGACUAGUGAGAGAACGAUGUGUGCACUGGCAGCUCUAUGGACACAUGGCACCACAGUGCUGUCUCUGCAUGCUCUCACUCUCUCUGUCUAACCCAGAAGACAGGCCUGUGGUUACCAGUAGAGAUGUUUGUUUAGGUCAAGUUCAAUAGUCAAUGUAAAAUGUAGAAAUAUGCAAGCGCAGUUUAUACAUUUCAAGAGGCUGAUAAUGUAGUUGUCUGGCCCAGUAUGUGCUGAACAUUUGUUUAUCCAUUCAGACAUACGAUUGAUUUAUAGGUUAGGAAAAAGUACCAGGUAGCCAUCUGGGCUUAAAUUACACUGACAUACAGGCAGUGGUGAAAUACAGUAUGUUUUGGCCAGAUGGCACAGGGCCUAGGGAGCUGGAAUGUGUGGUAUGAGGAGCAUGCAGCCCUGGGAUGGGGACGGGCAUGGAGAACACUGCCCACCUCAGCACAUCAGCCUCAACUUUAACCCCUUCUCACCCCCUCAGGCUCUGGUGUACGAGAGGCCGUGCUUCGAGGGCAAGUGUGUGGAGAUUGACGAUGAUGUUUACAACUUCAGAGAGGGAGGAGAUGAGGAAGAUGAGGAGGAGGAGGAAGAAGGGAAUCCAAUCAAAAGGAAGACAUUGUGUUCUGUGGGAUCCAUCAAGAUCCUUAGAGGACUGUAAGUACUUGUGGUUGAUCUCAGCUGACAUACUGUACAGUAAGGGAUAGUAUUGUAGAAUUGUGUAUCUUAUCUAACUAUGUAAUGACCCCCUUCUGCCCAUAUUAACCUGUCAUAACACAGAAAACGGUCUAUUAAUUCUAUACUGUAUUGGGUUGUAUGUACUCUAACAUCACCCUCCUGAUUGUCCCUGUAGCUGGGUGGGCUAUGAUGAGCCAGAGUUUGAGGGUCACCAGUAUCUCCUUGAGGAGGGGGAGUACCCUGACUGGAGGGAGUGGGGAGGCUACGGAGACCAGCUCCUGUCACUACGCCCUGUAUGCACUGUAAGUAUUGCAACUCACAUCCAUUCAGAGCUAUGUCAAUAUGACCAUGGUUUAAAUCUGUUUAAUCUGUUGCAGAGCCGUCUUUGAUUGGUUUUGAUGAUUAAAAGUAUGAAUGGUGAGGUAGUUGAAAAGAUGGUCUAGUUUGAUCUUGUUAAUCCAGAGGGGCCAUUUGAAUGGUGUUUGUGUGUACAUUCUCUGUGUUGUAGGACUUCCUGUCUCCCCACGUGAAGCUGUUCAGUGAGAGGGACUUUGGGGAGAGAGGGGUCAACAUUGACCUGCUGGGGCCUGUCACUAACAUGGAGGACACCGGCUGCAGCCCCAAGACGCAGUCCAUCAAUGUCCAGGGUGGAGUGUAAGUCAACUUCUCUGACAGUCCUAUGUAGCAGGCCUUGCAUCUACUGAAACUCAGUGUUUCACAACUGCAACAAGUAUUCAGACCCCUUGACUUUUUCCACAUUUUGUUACGUUACAGCCUUAUUCUAAAAUUGAUUAAAUUGUUUUUUCCCCCCUCAUCAAUCUACACACAAUGCCCCAUAAUGACAAAGCAAAAACAGGGUUUUAGAAAUCUUUGCAAAUGUAUUAAAAAUAAAACACAGAUCACAUUCACAUAAGUAUUCAGACCCUUUACACAGUACUUUGUUGAAGCACCUUUGGCAGCAAUGACAGCCUCGAGUCUUGGGUAUGACGCUACAAGCUUGGCACACCUGUAUUUAGGGAGUUUCUUCCAUUCUUCUCUGCAGAUCCUCUCAAGCUCUGUCAGGUUGGAUGGUGAGCAUUGCUGCACAGCUAUUUUCAGGUCUCUACAGAGAUGUUCAAUCGGGUUCAAGUCCGGGCUCUGGCUGGGCCACUCAAUGACAUUCAGAGACUUGUCCCGAAGCCACUCCUGCAUUGUCUUGGCUGUGUGUUUAGGGUCGUUAUCCUAUUGGAAGGUGAACCUUUGCCCCAGUCUGAGGUCCUGAGCACUCUGGAUCAUGUUUUCAUCAAGGAUCUCUCUGUACUUUGCUCCGUUCAUCUUUGCCUCGAUCCUGACUAGUCUCCCAGUCCCUGCCGCGGAAAAACACCCCCACAGCAUGAUGCUGCCACAACAAGCUUGGCAUUCAGGCCAAAGAGUUGAAUCUUGGUUUCAUCAGACAAAUCUUGGUUUAAUCUUGUUUCUCAUGGUCUGAGAGUCUUUAGGUGCCUUUUGGCAAACUCCAAGCGGACUGUCAUGUGCCUUUUACUGAGGAGUGGCCUGAUUGGAGGCCUGAUUGUCCUUCUGGAAGGUUCUCCCAUCUCCACAGAGGAACUCUAGAGCUCUGUCAGAGUGACCAUCGGGUUCUUAGUCACCUCCCUGACCAAGGCCCUUCUCCCCCGAUUGCUCAGUUUGGCCGAGCUGCCAGCUCUAGGAAGAGUCUUGGUGGUUCCAAACAUCUUCCAUUUAAGAAUGAUGGAGACCACUGUGUUCUUGGGGACCUUCAAUGCUGCAGAAAUGUUUUGGUACCCUUCCCCAGAUCUGUGCCUUGACACAAUCGUGUCUCGGCGCUCUACGGACAAUUUGUUCGACCUCAUGGCUCGGUUUUUGCUCUGAGAUGCACUGUCAACUGUGGGACCUUAUAUAGACAGGUGUGUGCCUUUCCAAAUCACAUCCAAUCAAUUGAAUUUACCACAGGUGGACUCCAAUCAAGUUGUAGAAACGUCUCAAGGAUGAUCAAUGGAAACAGGAUGCACAUGAGCUCAAUUUCGAGUCUCAUAGCAAAGGGUCUGAAUAUUUAUGUAAAUAAGGUAUUUUUAUUUAAUUUAUUACUGUUUUCGCUUUGUCAUUAUGAGAUAUUGUGUGUAGAUUGCUGAGGAUUAUUAUUUUUUAAAUCAAUUUUAGAAUAAGGCUGUAACGUAACAAAAUGUGGGUCACUCCUAUCCUCUGAUCGCAAGCUUUUAAUGAACACACACUCACACACACAGCACUGGAGGGCACAAACAUGAAAGAGAGGUGUGAUUGUCACGCUUAGUAAAGUAAUACUGAAGGUUAGACAAUGGGUAUCACGCCCUGGUUCUGGGACUCUGUUAUGUUGAGCCAGGGUGUGUUGUUUCUAUGUGUUUUGUGUUCUAGGUUUAUUAUCUAGCUCUUGUGUUUCUGUGUUGGCCGGGGUGGUUCUCAAUCAGAGGCAACAAGUAUCAGCUGUUGCUUGUUGUCUCUGAUUGGGAACCAUACUUAGGCAGCCUGUUUGCCACAGUGUUUGGUGGGAUCUUGUUCCGUGUAUGGUUAGUGUCUGUUACCAAGGACGUCACGUAUCGUUUUGUUGUUUUGUUCGUGUGGUACUCUAAUAAAAUAAGUAUGUUCGCAAAUCACGCUGCACAUUGGUCCACUGUGUUCGACGAUCGUGACAAUGGGUGAAGAAAUGAGAGUGCUCUCUAGGGCUAUAUAUUCUUAAAGAUGAGAUUAGGGUGUAAAGGCACAAUCCUGGAGUCAGUAUUAAAACCGUAUAAGCUUUGUACAUUUUUCGAAGGGAGUGGCAAUGUUCCAGACAUUCAUUUAAUCACCUUGAGCUUCAUUGGCUAUUAGCGGGAUGGAUGCCGGAGCUCUUUUAUAUACGGUAUAAUCAGUUGUCUCAGUGGUUCAUAAACUAUCAUGAAAGUCUCUGUGUUAGAAUGAACUUAGAACUUUCAUUUGAAUGUAUCUUUCCAAACUAUCUAGUUAUGUAGGGCCCGAUUCUGACCCAAGUUAAGCACAUAUAAAUGGAACAUAAUUCCCUUUCUAUGCACUUUUCUUUCUAUGUGUAUUUUGACCUUAAACAUGAGAAUAGCAUGCUAUUAACCUACUAUUCAUUAAGGUUGGAGAUCUAAGAAAUCAAGGUGUGGCAGAGGUGUAUUCUGACCUUGACUUAAUUCCUAAAUAAUUCUACCACCUUUACACCACAAUUCUCCAUGCACUGUAAUUUAGAACUCGGUAAGUGCUAUUGAUGAGAGCAAGAUAAAUGAGUAAUCCGUUUGGAUAAGGGAAUUGUAAAUAUAGGCCUAAAUUACACUUGUUUUAGAUCUAUUUGACCUUAUAAUUGCUGGAGACUAAUGUGAAACCAGUCAUGUGGCAGUAAACUGAAGCAUAUCAACAUAUCAACUUUCCCACAUUAAAGUUUAUGAAAUGCUGUGCCAGUAUGCAGAAUUUCAAGUGUACGGCCUUUUAACAAGCAGCGAUGGGCACUCUCAAAUGUCUUAAUUGAAGGUUACCUCGACUUUCUCUGUCUCCUACAGUGGGGAAAAAAAGUAUUUAGUCAGCCACCAAUUGUGCAAGUUCUCCCACUUAAAAAGAUGAGAGAGGCCUGUAAUUUUCAUCAUAGGUACACGUCAACUGUGACAGACAAAAUGAGAAGAAAAAUCCAGAAAAUUACAUUGUAGGAUUUUUAAUGAAUUUAUUUGCAAAUUAUGGUGGAAAAUAAGUAUUUGGUCAAUAACAAAAGUUUCUCAAUACUUUGUUAUAUACCCUUUGUUGGCAAUGACACAGGUCAAAAGUUUUCUGUAAGUCUUCACAAGGUUUUCACACACUGUUGCUGGUAUUUUGGCCCAUUCCUCCAUGCAGAUCUCCUCUAGAGCAGUGAUGUUUUUGGGCUGUCGCUGGGCAACACAGAUUUUCAACUCCCUGUUUUCUAUGGGGUUGAGAUCUGGAUUCUUACGAAGCCACUCCUUCGUUGCCCGGGCGGUGUGUUUGGGAUCAUUGUCAUGCUGAAAGACCCAGCCACGUUUCAUCUUCAAUGCCCUUGCUGAUGGAAGGAGGUUUUCACUCAAAAUCUCACGAUACAUGGCCCCAUUCAUUCUUUCCUUUACACGGAUCAGUCGUCCUGGUACCUUUGCAGAAAAACAGCCCCAAAGCAUGAUGUUUCCACCCCCAUGCUUCACAGUAGGUAUGGUGUUCUUUGGAUGCAACUCAGCAUUCUUUGUCCUCCAAACACGACGAGUUGAGUUUUUACCAAAAAGUUCUAUUUUGGUUUCAUCUGACCAUAUGACAUUCUCCCAAUCCUCUUCUGGAUCAUCCAAAUGCACUCUAGCAAACUUCAGACGGGCCUGGACAUGUACUGGCUUAAGCAGGGGGACACGUCUGGCACUGCAGGAUUUGAGUCCCUGGCGGCGUAGUGUGUUACUGAUGGUAGGCUUUGUUACUUUGGUCCCAGCUCUCUGCAGGUCAUUCACUAGGUCCCCCCCGUGUGGUUCUGGGAUUUUUGCUCACCGUUCUUGUGAUCAUUUUGACCCCACGGGUGAGAUCUUGCGUGGAGCCCCAGAUCGAGGGAGAUUAUCAGUGGUCUUGUAUGUCUUCCAUUUCCUAAUAAUUGCUCCCACAGUUGAUUUCUUCAAACCAAGCUGCUUACCUAUUGCAGAUUCAGUCUUCCCAGCCUGGUGCAGGUCUACAAUUUUGUUUCUGGUGUCCUUUGACAGCUCUUUGGUCUUGGCCAUAGUGGAGUUUGGAGUGUGACUGUUUGAGGUUGUGGACAGGUGUCUUUUAUACUGACAACAAGUUGAAACAGGUGCCAUUAAUACAGGUAACGAGUGGAGGACAGAGGAGCCUCUUAAAGAAUAAGUUACAGGUCUGUGAGAGCCAGAAAUCUUGCUUGUUUGUAGGUGACCAAAUACUCAUUUUCCACCAUAAUUUGCAAAUAAAUUCAUUAAAAAUCCUACAAUGUGAUUUUCCCGAUUUUCUUUUCUCAAUUUGUCUGUCAUAGUUGACGUGUACCUAUGAUGAAAAUUACAGGCCUCUCUCAUCUUUUUAAGUGGGAGAACUUGCACAAUUGGUGGCUGACUAAAUACUUUUUUCCCCCACUGUAUUUCUAUUAUGUUAAAUAUUAGCCACUUUCAUUAUUGACUGUCAGUAGGCCUAAUAACCACACAUAUUUAACUGCCAAUUUAGUAUUAGUUCCCUUCAGUUGGUAUAGCCUACAUUAUCAUUCCAUUUAUAAUAUAAAUAAUAUGCCAUUUAGCAGACGCUUUUAUCCAAAGCGACUUACAGUCAUGCGUGCAUAAAACAAUUUUUGUGUAUGGGUGGUCCCGGGGAUCGAACCCACUACCUUGGCUUUACAAGUGCCGUGCUCUACCAGCUGAGCUACAGCUACAUUUAAUUACAUUGUUUCGUUUAACGUAAUUUACUUCCUCUGUAAACGCCGUCACGGCUGUAUGGUUGUUGCUGAGGAUCAUUAGUAACAGUUGAUAAUGUUAACAAAAAGAUAUGUAGGCUAAUUAAAUCGUUAUUGAGCGCAGACCAAGCCGUAACAGUUUGAAGCCGACACAUGGCGCAAUACUUGGCUGUGUCAUCACACAGUUCCAUGGUUAGUACAGGCAAUAGACAAGGGUAUAGCCUACUAUUGUACACUAUUGUACACUAUUCUCCUGAGUGGCGCAGUGGUCUAAGGCACUGCAUCGCAGUGCUAGCUGUGCCCCUAGAGAUCCUGGUUCGAAUCCAGGCUCUGUCGCAGCCGGCCGCGACCGGGAGACUCAUGGGCGGCGCACAAUUGGCCCAGUGUAGGGGAGGGAAUGGCCGGCAGGGAUGUAGCUCAGUUGAUAGAGCAUGGCGUUUGCAACGCCAGGGUUGUGGGUUCGAUUCCCACGGGGGGCCAGUAAAAAAAAAAGAAAAUGUAUUCACUAACUGUAAGUCGCUCUGGAUAAGAGCGUCUGCUAAAUGACUAAAAAAUAUAUAUAUAUUAUAAUUCUAUGUUCACUAACCUUCUAACAUUACCAUGGGUUGAAUAACUGAAUGUGGCAAUUUUCAGAAUGAAUCAAACCACAUUUUUCUUUAUUUAGUGUAUAAAGGCUCUCCAAUCCAGUUUUUAUGAUUCAUAAAUACUUUCCUAAACCUAAAUAAUCUACAAGAUCCGAGUAUUUAUAAAUCUACCAAUUGGUGCUGAAACGGAGACGAGUAUGCAUAUAUUUAGAUGUUUUUCUUUCAUUGAACCCUAAUAUUCUGAACCUGUUCUCUCGAGUCUGUCGCCAAAAUUCUAACUAAAAGGUACACCGUAUUUAAAGUGAUGGCUUAAGAUAAAUGUACUGAAAACCCUAUUGAAUGAAAACUCCAAGAGAAAAACUGUGGGCAAGUGGGAGGGUUUUCAGCGGUUGAAUGAAAUGUAUUCAGAGCGUGCAAGGUAGCCACACCUGCAGAGCGAAUUACCCGACUGAAUAAGUUAAGUCUGAAUACCAAAUACUGAGAAGUGCGUAGGAAAGGCGUAAAUUCUUAAAUUGGAAUCGGCCUCGUAGAGCAUAAUCGUAAAUCUUAUGUAGUUCAGAAUGAACCACUGAAUGGGGAUAACCUUUACAUAAUCUCUUUUUAUAACCUUCUACUGUUUAUUCACUAAUUGUUUUAUGGUCAUUCAAAAUGCCAGGGCAGUUUGUUUGGUUAGUAUGGAGCUAGAGCUAGUGAUUUAAGUUAUAAACAUCUAAUGCCAGGGCUGGUGGUUUGGUUAGGAAUAUAAUGGAUUUACAGCUAGUGAUUUAAAUUAUAAACAUGUAAUGUUAGAGGACUAGAGACUACAGUGAAAUGAUAAGGCCCAUAAUGAUCAUAUUCAGACCGCCUGUUUAAAGUUUAUGUAAUACGGAAGGGAAUUAUGUUAUAUUGUAAAAUGGUACAGUAUUAUGGGGUGUCCUACUUACUGUAAGUGUUAAUUUACCAGUUCCAACCUGUUGUGUGUGUGCUCUAAACAGGUGGGUUGCCUUUGAGAACCCAGUGUUCUCCGGAGAGCUCUACGUUCUAGAGAAGGGCCUCUACGGAAGCCCAGAGGACUGGGGAGGACAGAACCUCAAGAUCUCCUCACUGCAGCCAGUGUUCCAGGUAAAUAGAACUUGUCCAGGAACUGUUAAUUGGUGGACUAGGGAAAGCUGUUGUACAAUAAUAAUCACAGUAGUACCACCUUUAUAGGAUCAUACUAAGAUUUUACUUGCAUGACUCUGAUAAGUUAUGAGGUUGGUGAGGAUACUUUGAACUGGUUUAUCCAGUGACAAUAAAGAAUAUAAUCUAGAAUUCCUUCUUUAUUACUUUCAGGAUAACCUGGGUGGAUCAAGCAAGUUCAAGGUAAGUUUAGAUAGUUAGUUAAUAAUAUUUGUUUAUCACUAUCUUAACAUAGUCAAUAGUGUAUGGUAGUGAUUAUACCAUCAGUUUGCAUGAAGAGUAGCCUACCUGCAGUGGUGUAGUGGAGGGUAUAAGCAGGUAUACGCCGUAUACCCACUUAUUUUUCAGUGGGCAUUGCGCAUACUCACUUCUUAAUCGCCACUGAUACGUACCAGAGUAGUGCAAAAUGUUGAUAAACUAUUAUUUCUUCACAUUUUCAGCGCAGCAAUGUGCACACGGCGGUAGCCCUAGAACGGUGCAAAUGUUCCAAAAUGCAAUUUGUGGGAAAACACUGUUCUAAAAUGCAUACCACAUGUGCGAGUGGUUUCAUGGACAGAGAUGGAAAUAUCUGUUAGAAAUUUAGAGAGGUGAGAUCUAAAGAUGCAACAACUAUCAUGGGUUGCUAAAAUGACUAGGAUAAUGCCUUUAGCUGCUAGAUAAUGAAAUAAAGUUGAAAGAAAACCAAUAGAACAGGAGAAAGCAUAUGAGGAAGUCUUUAUAAAAUAAUUGCCUCCAAGUUUCUAUGGUGGGAUUUUAGCUAUAGGCUACUUUGAAGCAAGGUCAGACAUGCCUCCAUAAUAUGAAGUAAAACGUCUAGGUUUCAAACAAUUAAGGAACAGGAAAAAAAUAGCGACGCUAAUGAUAAACCUAACCGUCUUCUGGUAGAUCUAGUGUCAAACUCAUUCCACGGGGGGCCGAGUGUCUGCAGAUUUUUGCUCCACCCUUGUACUUGAUUGAUGAAUUAAGGUCACUAAUUAGUAAGGAACUCCCCUCACCUGAUUGUGUAGGGCUUAAUUGAAAGGAAAAAACAAAACCCCGCAGACACUCGGCCCUCCAUGGAAUGAGUUUGACACCCCUGUGGUAGAUGGAAAUGCUUUCCCAAAAACCUUCUCAAUGAAAUGUUAACUAGCUACAAAGUAGCCUAUGGCAGAAUGAUGUCAUGAUUAUUUGCAUCAAUCCUGUGGCCAUUUGUUUUGCAAACUCCAUCUCAUGUUCUACAAAAAAAACACUACUAACCAAACAACAGUGUUAGGUGCCCGAGCACUUUCAUUAAAGGGUAACUACACAAAAUAUAAAACAUUUCUUCUAUUUUUCCCAGGCAUCAAAAGUGGUGUCCUGAUGUGGUUUAAGCAUUAUUGUGGACUUAGAACAUCCAAUGUUGUAGUUUUUCUAUUAAAAUUGUGAAUUUCUGACUCAGUUGACAGCCUAAUUUAUCUGAUUCAAUAGUAGGCCUACUUGUACAGCUUGGGUUGGCCUGACUGUGAAAGACCAAUAUGGGAUUUAUCAUUUUAGGUCAUUCAGACUGUAUGUCACUGUUUCUCAUAUAAUUUUUCACACAUGGCACCUUUCCUUUGCCGGGUGGGCCGUUUGGGAAAUGUUGGGCAAAAUUAGAGUAUACCCACUUCUCCAUGCACCACUACACACCUGUAAUCCACUGUACAUUAUGGUGGGCCCGUCUCAUGUCUGUCUCCUGUGUAUGUACUGUAGGUCCAGCUGUUCUCAGAGCCUGGGUUCCAGGGCAGAGUUGUGGUACUGGAGGACAGUGUGGUAGCCCUGGAGGAAGACUUCUCCCCUGGCUCCUGUAGAGUACUGGCUGGGAGGUGAGCACAACAUCCGCUUUAAAUGCAGCAUGUAAACAACAAUACUGUACUUUUGAUAGGUACAAAAAAUACUGAAAUUGUGAGCUUUCCUUUUAUAUCUGUUGACGAAGACAUUGUCCAAGAGCCCUCUGAACACUCAAAGAGGACUUAGUACUGGAGAGAGCUGUUGUUGACUGUGUGCCUCUGUGCGUAUGUUCCAGCUGGGUGGCAUAUGAAGGAUCCCAGUUCACAGAGCACAUGUAUGUCCUGGAGGAGGGAGAUUACCCCAACACUGAGUCAAUGGGCUGUCUGGGUCCUGACUCUACCAUCCGCUCCAUACAGACCAUCAGCCAUGUGAGUACAGAGGGGAUUAUGUGCGUUAGCAUGGUAUGCAUGCGUACAGUAUUUGUAAACCUAAGUCAUGUCUGUGUAAAGUGACUGCAUAUCUUGGAGAUGUCCUGUACCUACAAUACCGUAAUAAUGUAUAAGCUCACGUUUUACCCACCCACCCCUUCCCCCUUGUCUCUCCAGGAGUUCUCCCUCCCAUCCAUAACGUUGUUCAGUAAGGUUGGCUGUAGAGGCCGUAGGGUGGUGCUGACUGGAGAGGCAGUGAACCUGCAGCUGGCUGGGGUGGACAGACGUAUACACUCCAUGGUGAUCCACGGAGGAAUGUAAGUCAUACCUGCAUAGAUUUGACCAUUUUUAUUAGGCGAUAAAACAAACAUAACAUUUUAAAGCAAGAGUUGCAUCUACAAUUCAUCUUGGUUGGUUGAAGCACUGUCUAAGCACCUAAUAAACCAUCAACUAGGGCUCAGAUUGCGCAAUAUAAAUGUAAAUGUUAUUUCCGAUUGAGCUGACAUAUGCAGUGUUUACCGUGAAUGCGGUCUCCGCUAACGCGGGAGCAUUGCCUUUAAAUUUAAUCACACUGUAAAGCUGAACUUCCACGAUACGGAUUGAAUAGAGCCCAUAGUUUUGCUGGGCUAUUGUAAACAGAAAUGGUGUAGGAAGCUUGAUUGUUUACAUUUGAGGUGUGUUAGAGAUUUUGAAUAAGAAGACCAACUGACUGUGUGUGAUUGAUUUCUCCUGCCCUACAGUUGGGUGUUGUAUGAGGGUAGUAACCACCGUGGCCGUCAGAUCCUGCUACCGCCAAGCGAACUGGGUGAUUGGUGCAAGUUCAGCAGCUGGCCGCGAAUCGGAUCCCUGCGACCACUAUUGCAGGUAUGGAGGCGGGGCAUGGUUCCGUUUUAGAAUCACAUAUUGCUGUCUGUCCAAUACAGUUUUCCCUAUAGCUAAACAACAGUCAAUGGACUGCAUCCUAACAUGAGAUCUGUGUACACAACUCAAUGUUUGCACUAAUCUCAUUUUGUCAUCAAUGCAUGAAUUACCCCAUAAUGCAAAUUAUAUGCAGCCACCUGAAGUUAGGAUUUGGCCCUAUGACUCAUAAUGACCACUAUCAGGUGAGAAGAACUCUUAUCUAGCGUAGUCAAGCUAAUGUUAUGUGUGUUGUUUGCCUGUUGCCCUCUACAGAAGCAGGUGUACUUCCGUUUACGGAGCAGGGAGACAGGCUAUGUGAUGUCCCUGUCAGGGCCUCUGGAUGAAAUCAAGCUUUUGCGGGUCCAGGCCCUGGAGGAGACAGGGGGAGUGGACCAGGUCUGGAUCUACCAUGACGGAGUCCUACGCUGCAAGGUACUUCAUGGGCUCAAGUCUUUGCACUGGAUCAUCAUUUCGACUCAUUCCAUCGCCACCAACUUCAUGCAUUCCAGAACUGGCUUCCUCAUUCUUUCAACAUAGUUUCAUGUCACGUGCUGAGCAUAUCCCAGUGCAAUUGUAAUUUAUCUCUCAUAUAAAAUCAAAUGAAACUUUCUGUACCAUGCUUGUCAGUUUGUAUUCAAUACAGAAUCCACCCACAUCUGAACCCAUAUUCCCUGUCUCUAUAGCUGGUGGAGGACUGUUGCCUGCAGACAUCAGGGAGCAUUGUUAUGGCGGGCAGCAGGCUGAGUGUGUCUCCUCCGGAGCAAGGGAAAGACAACCAGCUGUGGAACAUUACCCCAGACGGCCUGGUCAGAUGCCACCUCAAACCUGACCUGGUGCUGGAGGUUAAAGGUCAGAUCCGCUCUUCUUGUCUCUCUCUCAGCUAGCCUUACUCUCAUUAGCAAAGAUCUACAAAGGUAGGAGCUCUGACGUUCAGCUCAGUCUCCAUAGUUAUCAUCUAGCUCCAUCUGGUGGUAGGUUUAGGAAGUGUAGUUCUUUGCAUUACCCACCUGUUGCCACAUCCUCAAACUAUUGAAUAGGUAGCCUACACCAAACCUAAAGAUUAAAGAUGCACUCUCAAACUUUUGUAUAAUUUCAGCCAGUAAUUUUGAAAGUGGUGCUCACGAGCCAAAAGUGGUCCCCGUUUUGUGUACUAGGUCAUCAAAUUGUGUACCUCAUCAUCCAUUUCAUAUAUGUUAUGUCCUGUGCACUUUUUUUUUUUGCAAUUCGUAUAAUAUGUUACGCAUUUGUUGUGCUUAAGAUCCUGGAGUGGAAUUUUAACUGUAUUAUGUCUUCUUUUCACAGGUGGACAAAGUUAUGACAAAACUCAAGUGAUUCUCAACACAUUUGAUGAGAGAAAACACACCCAAAGAUGGUCUUUGGAGAUCCUGUAAUGGCAUAUCAAUCUGACCAUUGCUCUUCCACAGCAGCUCUACCGUGGGACCCAUACUCUUGCUUCUUGAUGAAGUUACUCCAUGGGCCUUAGUGCUCUGUGAUGCUGGUCUGCAGUGGGCCUCGAGACAUUCUGCAACAUUUGUUGAGCAUGAGAGCAUAAAUUCCAAACUGUCUUUGUGAAAUACAACUCUGAAGACAAAACUACACACGGCUAUAGAACUAUCUAUCAAGCAAGGAGCACUGCAUUUUAAUACAUGCGGCUAUAGAACUAUAUAUUGAGCAAGGAGCACUACAUUCUACUGUGAGGACUUGAUGAUGCUGUACAAAUACCACAAUUCAUUUGUUCACUUACCUCUCAUUGACCAUGCCAAAGAAUAACUGUAUGGGAAUGCGCUAGUGUCUCUACUGUAUUCAUAUAAUUUACAAUGACUUAAGCCCUGUGUUAAUGCUGAUUUUAUCCACAAAUCUCUUUUCUAUGGUACUUUACCAGUCAAUUACUGAGAUGUCUGUUUUCUUACACAAAAAUGUUGUAAAUGUAUAUAUUUUUUAGCACACUUAUUGUUCUAUGGCCACACAUUCUUAAUGUCAUAGAUGAACACUCCUUAACUUCUCCAAAUAAUGUUGUGUAAUGUUUUUUCAGGUCUUUUGAAGUCAAAUUAAUAUUGGAUUAAUAUUUUACUACUUUACUACAGACAUCACUGCACAGUACAUUUGCUGCAACAGGUGUAUAGAUUUUGUUGAAUGAUUAAAUAUCAAUUUCAACACUGCUACAAUAUCAUGCUAACCACUGUCUUAAAUGUAAAUAUGUCAACAAAAUGCUGUUACCAUCUACAAAAAAAUGGAUGCGUUUGUUUUCUUGAUUGGUGUUACUAUGGCGAAGAAUCUCAAUUACACUUUCAAUGAAGAUCACAAGGACUUGAAUUAACUUUACUUAUCACAUAGCUACAACAGGCAGCCUAUUCUAAGACAGACACACAAUCAUAGCCUUAGCACAGACGGUCAUAAAGGAUCAUCUCUUGUCCCUUAGAAAUGUCUCAUAAUGGAUGCCUCAGGAAAACCUUAAGCCCUGUGGUGGUGGUGGAGUAUUUCACUGGUUACUCGGAUGAGUCCUCUCCGCUGCUGAUCUUGACUACAGUCUUCCCCCGAGCGUGACCCUGCUCUACCUUCAGCAUGGCCUGGGGCACCUGGGAGAAGGUAAACUCCUCCUCCACCACUGCACGGAUCUGCAGGAACAGAUCAAAAACAAACCUGACUUAGACGUGUGA